AGAUGUUUGAGGACCGCUGUGUGAGAGCGAGCGCUGCCUGAACACACUGCCAUGUCUGAGGACAGGUUCUCCGCUAUGGAUGAAGGCUCUCUCCGCAAGCUGGUGAGUGCGGCUGGUACACCUAGUGAACCCACACCGACCCAGUCUGUAAUACAUCCUUACAGCUAGUGCUUCAUGGUGUAAAUCUGUUAUCCCACAUCCAUAUAUAUAUAUAUAUAUCUGUCUGUCUAUGGCUGAGUUUAUUUCCCAUCUAAUCCACACGCAUUGAACUUAUUGGAGGGAAUGUCGAAUAAAACCCAAGAUGCAUGUGUGGGAGAAGUCUAAUGUAACCACACACACACACUGUACAUGUGUCUGAGAUGUAACCACACACACACACUGUACAUGUGUCUGAGAUGUUGUGCAGCCAUGUGUCCUCCCUGUAUAUUGCUGUAACUACCUGUCUCAGCUAAUCCAUGUUCAUCUAUCAGAUGUGUGUCUGGGUGUGAUGGGCAGUUAUAAGGAACCCACCUUAUACCGGUAUGUAGAGCAGCUGAUGUAGUGGGCUCUCUCAUCUCUGUGGCUCCUGUAUCUGAGAUAACGAAAUCUCUCAUCUGCAUGCAUAUGCAUGUAAAGUGAUGAACUGUCUAUUUGUCCAUAUACAAGUCUUGGUUGAGAUGGACUCUAUCUAGUGUGUGUGUAUAUAUGUAUGUGUGUGUGUGUGUGUGUGUGUGUGUGUGUGUGUGUAUAUAUAUAUAUAUACACACACACACACACACACACACACACACACACACACACUCUCUUACCUUGGAUUUGAUGGGCUGUCUAUACCUUCAUACUGUCUACAUAGACUGGGGUUUUUUUUUUGAGACAUGAUUGACUGUUUCAUCAAAUGUCUUCAGUGGACUGUCUCCCCUGGUAUACAUACAAGUUCAGUUUGAUUAACUGCUUCGCGAACAAAUCAGUAGGUUUGCCAAUUGCUUCUAGGGAGAAAACAAUUAAGCUUACUUAUUUUGGCAAAUCUAAAUUGCAAAGAAACUGACCAUUUGGUUACACAGAUUGUUGGCUAGUAAAAUAUUUACUUCUGCCCCUGGACCCCAUCCUUCUGUUGUCUUUGGGGAUCCUGACUGUUUAAAGGAUUGAAGGGUCAUUCUCUUGAUAGCUGUAUUUUGUGCCCCAAUGUUUGUGUGUGUGUGUGUGUAUAUAUUUAUAUUCAGAUAGCUUGCUAGUUGUCUAUCAAAUGUCUUUCUACUUCAUGUGUGAAUGGGAUUGUCUGCUGACUCAUUUUAUCCUAGACUUUGACUACAUGCCUUGUGCUGUAGAAAUGUUACUAAAAAAAAAAAAAAAAAAAAAAUCAAAUGUCUCACGCUUCUGACUAAGGAAGCUUUUGCUGGCAUUCUGCAGCCCAAGCAAGAAGCAUUGUUGAGCCAGCUGUUGCUUUGUCCUAGAGUCCCUUCUUGGCGGUUAUCUCUAGUUAGACACAUAUGUUUUUAUUGCCUACGAGAGGAUCCAGCGAUGACUGCAAUAUAAUAAAAAAAACAAAAUAUUUAAUUUCCUUUUUUUGCUCUAAUUAAAAACACAAGACUACAACCCUUUCUAAAUUGGGGUUAUUUUGCUCUCCAGCUAUCACAAACAUACACAUCUUCAAUGAUUCUUUACUAGCUUAUUGUACUCCAAACAAUUAUUGAUUAUCAUGGAAGUUAUUUGCUAUAUAUUGGCUAUCCCAUUAUAGAAUGUAAAAUCACUUGUGUAAAAAAAAAAAAAAAAAAAAAAUUUUUUUAAUAAAAACUAAAAAAUGUUUUUAGUAAAAACUGUUGAAUACGUAGGAUUAUGAGACUGUGGUGAAAUAUUUCAUAUCCACAUAUAAUAAUCUUAGUACAAUGUGUAUUUCAUGUGUGAUAUGGAGUCAUGUACCUGCUUUCUUAUUAUGCCAAACACUGCAUUGAUUAAAAUAAACUCUCCUGUUAUUCCAGCAUGUUUUUCAUUUUGCGAUCAGCUCCUGUUUGAUUCUCUUUGUGUUUAAUUUAGCUAUUCAAAUAUUUUAUUUCGGUUUUUGGUUAACCAGGUUUAUUUUCACAAAUGCUUUCACUGUAUUCAUUGGUGCUUGUUUUAAGAGAUGCCUGUGAUUGCAAUUUUUGCUUACUUUUUAGCAUCUGUCUCGCAUUAACCUGAUUUUGUAAUGUGCAGAUGCAAAUAAUCUCUGUUGGGAUCAAACACCAUUUUUGAGAUCUAACUCUUGAAUAGUGGAUUAUUAUAUUUAUGGAAACUUGACGGACACCAGGAAGGGAAAAAUAUAGUUAGAACUGGGGAAGCAUUUCUAAAACCUGUCAUACAUUAUUAAAUAGUAAACAUUUCAGUACUGUCCUUAUUGGUACUGCUUGCUGUGUGGCAUAUCUGUCAUCAGAGUACUUCAUUCAUUUGAGCUGAUGAGAACUACUAAAGGUGUUGAUCAUAUAAUAACCACCUUAUGAGUUUGUAUGAGCUCAUAAUCAGUGAAUCAUUGUAAUUCUGCAACAGACAACUUUCUGUCUGAAUUAAUCAAGCCAUGCAGGUAUUGAUGAUGGCGUUAAUGCCUCCCUUUUACUAACAUAAGUAGAUCACUUAAUCUCUUCCACACCAACCUGUGUGUGUGUGUGUGUGUGUGUGUGUGUGUGUGUAUAUAUAUGUAUAUAUGUAUAUAUAAUUUUCUCUCUCUGUGUUUGUUACACUUCUUGUUCUCACACAUAAACGUUUACUAUGGAGAAAGGUGUGUAUUUUUUUUUUUUUUUUUUUAUAUAUUUUGUCAUUGAGUGUGUUAAGGAACUGGAGGGAACAGUUGCCAGCAUAAAAGUGAUCCCCCUCUCUAUAGCAUGGAAGGAAUGCAUUCAGAGUAUUCAAAGAAAAGCUUUAGUUGUAAAGGCAGUCUUUGGUUCUUUUACCUCUCUACUGAAUGCAAAUUGGAAUGGGGGAAGGGUUAAGUUAUUUUUUUUUUUUUUAAGCUCCCGAGAGAAACUUUAUUGUAAACAUAGUAGUGAAAGUGUUAAUCUCUAGAAAUGGAUUUUCUGGAGCCUCCUGAGUUGUGUUUUUUUUUAUUUUUUUUUAUUUCCUGUAGGUUUAGGAAUUCAGACUAUUUACGUGCAUAUUGGCACAUUUUCUGAUUCACGUCUUUUCUUGCUCCAGUUCAACUGCAGUUUAAUUUUGCCAUCUACUGUUUAGAGAAUGCAGAAUACAGAAAUUAGUUUUGUCCCUUUAACCCACUUGUUUUGUUUUCACAAGGCACUCGCUCCAGGGGGCCAGUGUAGUAAAAUAUUUGCAGGCACAUUUUUGCAUAGAAUUUACCUAACUGAGAUCUAUAAAUGUCUGCUAUUUUCUGUGCUUACUGCAAACUAGUCACAGUGCGAAGACCCAGUAUAUAGGUAUUUUCUUAGGCGAUAGUGGAGUCCACUACAUCUUUAUUUUAUGUGCAUUUUAUAGAGUUAAUUUACAAAAUCUAGGAUGGAUUAUAGUUUUAACAACUGCAAGAGAGAACAUACAGAUUCCUGACUGGUGUUAACAUAGCCGCUGUCAUACUUUUUUAAUAAUCUACAUGGAUGGUAUAAAAUCUUAACACCUUUUUAUUUAUUUUUUUUAUUUUUUUUUUUAUAUAUAUAAUGUUCCAUAUGCUAUUGAACCCUCAAUUUUUAUAGGAACAUCGUGGAUUCUGUACUGCGUCUCACUGUCUCAAAGAUUCUUACCAUGAUGUCAGUUAUUCUGUUAAAGAACUUUAAUUUUAUAUUAAAAAUACACCACUUCAUAAAACAUCAUGUUAAUUGUGUACUGAAGAUUUAGCAAUUUAUAUCUUAGUCCAGUUCUGUCUUGACAUAGCCAGGUCACACAUUAGAUUGGAGGAAGACUAGCAGUAGCCUUGUUUGUUUCCCUUUCUUCUCUCUUCACUGACUUACAUGUGCAAGGCUGCUUUUAAACUAUAGACCAGAAGCCAAGAUGGAGGUACUCCAUUCUGGGCUCUAUAAUAAAAAAAAUAAAAAUAAAAAAAUGACCUAGAAAAAUCUUUGUGCUACUUCACCAUCGGUGCAAAUCCCUCAAAGUUGUGGCAGACAGCUUUGGGGGAAAUACAGAUAGGGUUGUAUGAGUGAUAUACUGAUACAGUAGUCAAACAUAUUCAGAUGGUAGCCUUAAAGGAACACUGUUGUGGCAGUGUCUUAUGAGAUAUGUAAUUUAAUUGCUCCAACAGCCCAAUUUAUAACAUAGGAUGAGAGGAACUACUCAAUAAUUAGUGUAGACAAGUAUUUUGCGACUAUUUGUCUAGUUUUGUGAAUGGAAUGUGUGCAAUGGUUUCUCAAGCCAUCGAGCUAUACAUAUGCACUGCUUAUUUGCUACACGUAGUGCACCUAUCGUGGAAAAAAUAUAGGAUCAGGGCUAUACAGGAUGAAUUUAUAUCUAGGCUAGAUGACUCCAACAUCUUUGAGGUGCUAAUAAUUUUCUUUUUCUACCAAUAUUUUUGAUUUUAUUUCCUUUGUAUACAGCGCAAACCAAAUGUAUUUCUUAACCAGUGAAUUCUUUGUACAUAUCAUUAAACCUUGAGCUGACUUAAUUUUUCCAAGUUUUAAAUAAAAUGACAUAAUUUUAGCACCUCGUCUAAGUCCGAUGAGGAUAAAAGAAGAAUAAAAUGAAUGAAAGCCCUUUUUUUUUUUUUUUGUCCAUGGAAAUCCAAGAGAAAAAUAGGACUCUGGAACCUCAUAAAAUUCCUUAAUUAUGCAGGUGUUUGACUUCUUUCCACCUAUAAAGAACAUUAGAUGGCUGCCGUCCCAUCUCCGUUCCAUUUUAAGGCCUUAAAGAGGAGCAAAAAAAAAAGUAAUCCUGAUCGAUGUAAAACAGGUUUUCUGCAGCUAAAGGGGAAAUAUGGGCUUAUAAUUUGAUGUGUUUUUGUAGAGAAACAUCUUUUGAUGUAAACAGUGGGAAGAAACUAACUGUUCAUUACGAAAUAUCUUUGAAGGUAUCAAAGGGAAAUGACAAAAUCUAGAGUAAUGCACACACAUUGUCCCUUGGAGACCCGUUGUUUGUCACAAACACAUAUGCACUCCAACCCCCUCACCAUGAAAAAGAGCAUUUCUUAAAGAUAAUUUUUUAAUGAAAUGCUCGUGGAAUGUCACUGAAAUUCCAAACCUGCUAAAAGAUAUCAUGCGGCAAAUAGGGGGACUACUUUAUCGUAUGUAUUUUUUUUUUUUUCCUGCACUUGACAAAAAGAUGGUGGUGCCACUGUCAAGCCCGGAGUCGUCAUUAGUAACGGCUGAGGGGAAAAAAAGCAUCCUGGCAGCUGAAGGGGACCUCACAGUAUAACAUGGCGGCAGCAGCAAUAAGAUACACGUUUUGGUAAGUAAAAACUACCUUCCCUUGCACCCCUGGGCCACUGCACUGCAAGCAGAGCAGUCACCAUCUGUGGUCUUGGCAAAAUAUGUAACAACCUCUUGAAAAAGACAGAGCUGCUUUAAGGGGACACUUUUGUAAUUAUGAUGCCAGGAGUCCCCAGGUACCACACUCCAGAAACUUGUCAACAUUUACAAAUAGUUUGGCACAUACUUUGCUGUGUUGGGCCUCUGUGGUCCUUCAGUUGGCAUGAUAAAGUGAAAGUUUAUUAUUCUGCUUUAUCAUACAAACUCAUACCAUGUUUAAGCACAAUUAAUUGAGAGCCACCACCUGACACUCACAGUUAAUGAAUACGUUUUAAACCUGCAAGGUAAGUGUCAGUCCAUUUAUAAACUGUUUGACAGAUUACUGACUGACUGGUGCCUGGGGACUCCUGGCACCUUAAUGACUACAAAAUGCUCUAGUAGUGGUUAUGCUCCCUAGAGUAUUCCUUUUUAAUUUAUUUUAGACAUUGCCUAGCAAGAAGUAGAUAUUGCCAGAAACAUUCAUGGGAUCAAAAACUUUUUAUUGAGGCAUAAAUUAUGAACACAAGUAGUAUGUCUUGUGGUCUGAAAUUUGGCAAGACACUCUGAAUAGUUAUUAUUAGAAUACUAACAUCUAAAUAUGAAAAGGAGUGCUAUGCAUUUAAAUAUCAUGUGCUCCCAGCUAUAUUCUGUGGAAUAAUAUUUUUGGUUAAAAAGCUGUAGAAAAUAAACUCGCUUUUCCCAUGAAUAUGUGGGCACUAGUGCAUGACCAGUUGAACUCUUCAUGCUUAUGUAAGCUUUUAAUGAGCAAGUAUACCGUAUACUGUAAUUGAGGUACAUUGAUGAAUUGGAGACCUUGGUAAAACGAAAGGAAUUGUUCUAAUCUUGGUCAUCAUGUGCUUUUGUAACAUGUUGGCGUGAGUAAAUAACGGUCCUAUAUUUGUACAAAACUGUCUGAACUUUCAUGGGAACAGGGUUUUAUGACCAAAAUUAUUUCUUACAUGCACACACUGUUCUUUUAAGGUGUCCAUACUUGUCAGAGCAUCUCUUAGAUUGGUAAUAAACAUGGACCUAUAUUCGCUUAGAGAUUUAUUCUUCAAUUGUAAAAUUAGCUUAGCAUCCCAAUCUUAAAGGGACAUACACUAGAACCACUACAUAUGAAUUUGGUCGUUCUAGUGCAAAGAGCCUGUACCUGCAGUCUGGCAAUUGCCAAACACCAUGUUUUCAGUGAAAAGGCAGUAUUUACAUUUGUCCCUAAAUCCUCCUAGUGACUGUCAUUUCAGGUGGUGGUCCUAGUGCAGGUCUGACAAAGAUGCUGUACAAUCCUGUUAGAGGUGUUGACUUUGCUCAGCAAUUGAUGCACACGUGCUCUAAUCCCCAAUGUACUCCUUAGGGGAAGCAUUGGAGUGUCUGAGACUAUCUGUAGUGAUCUCAGCUAGUAGAAGAGCUGCAGCCACAGUGAGUCCGGCAUGCUGGGGGACUAAUGGUGAGUAAAAUUACUUAUCUUACUUGUUAAGGGGAACCCUAAAUAUAAGUUGAUAGGAAAACGCUUUAACAUUAGGAAUACAUGUUUGAAAUUGAUCUCCUGGAGGGCCAGAAAGCCAGCAAAUACAUUGAAACAGAAAUUUAUUUGGAUAUGUCUCAUUACAAAUUAAAACAAAAUUCUCAACAAUCACUGUAGUGUCACAAGCUGACUGAAAUGGUUUAUUCAGUGAUGUUUGUGGAGGAAACUGUGGUUAGAAUUGCUUCCAAAUUUUUGUAAUUUGGUCCAACAAAUACUGUACACAAGAACCAUAUUUUUACUCCUGUGUUGUGUUAAUGUGCCAUUGUAUAUGUAAGUCGCUGCAUGGGGGUCCUGAAAAAUAAGAGCAAAGAACAGCUGAUAAGUGUUGUACAGAAAUGUAUAAAUGCUUGACACUGGAUGCUUUAAAUGUAACCUUUGAAUUGUAGUUGUUAUUGUUUUGCAUUGUUGUACUGACUUGUUUAUGAACUGGAUGAUACACCAUGGGAGUGUGGUAGUUUUAAACCCUUGGUGAUGCACAGGUUUAGUAAAUGGUUACUGAGAGCCAUCAAUCACAACUUUUCAUGAUCAGAAAGGUGAUGGUGCAUACAGCACUCUCAACCUAGUCUUGGCUCUGAGAGUGACUUAGACAGCUUGUUAAUCAGACAGGCAGACACUUGGUUCCGGCUGCCAGAUCUUAAGUUUGGCCAAUAUGUGUGUGUGUGUGGCGUGUACACUUUGCGCAAACAUUCUGGACUGUGUUCUCUCUUUUCCCCAAAGAAAAAUCCAAACUGUGGCUUUCGACACCUGGAUAUAGCCAGGUUCAGCACAAUAAUUGCAUCCAUCAAAUGACAAUCCGUUUACAGACCAGUUCCACUUAUCCUGAGAUAAACGUAUCUCAUAAGCCGUUACUGGACAGAGUGUUUUAGGAUUAUUGUAUCUCUCCUUAAAUAUUGUAAAAUCUUACUUGUAUUAUAGUCUGCAGCUGCUUACUUUGCCCCUGUUUCCUUUAGACCAGCCGACUGACAUCAGCAGAAGUGGUAGCCUGAUCCAAUCACAAUGCUUCCCCAUAGGAUUGGCUGAGACUGACAAAGCAGCAGAUCGGGGCAGAGCCAGCACAAUUCAAACACAGCCCUGGCCAAUUUAAUCAAUUAAUCUCUAUGAAGAUAGUUCAGUGUCUGCAUGCAGAGGGAGGAGAUAGUGAAUGUUUGUUUUAAAUAUGUUUAUUGUCAUCAAUAUAAACACGGGUGUUGAACUUGGUAUCAUUAAUGCAUAUAGUUGCCUAUGCAGAGGCGUGCACAUUGAAAGUGUACAUAAUGUGAGGCCGACAUAUUCCAGUUAGCUCAGAGUAACACAUAGUUGCCUGCGCAGAGGCGUAGAAGUCAAAAUAAACACGCCAUGACAAAUAUUAGAUAUUUAUAAGCCUUGCAGAGCUAGACAUGCAGAAGGUGGUGAGCUUGCUUGGUAUUGCGUUGUUAGGGCGUUGUUGUCAGGUAUGUAGUGGCAAUUGGGGGUGGCAGUUAGUAACAUGUAUUCAGCUAUCGACUCAUUAAACGGUGCUAGUGUGGCUCGUUAAUAAUACACUGUUUUCUUCUGAGAUGCCUGUGUUUGCGUAUUUAUCCCUGUUGCCAUAAACUGCAGUGGAGGCCCAUCUUGCGAAAAUGAGUUAGUGUUUACGCGUUCUGACCUUUUGUCUGUAGCCCUGAGUUCUAGUGUGUCUCGUGGCUACCAGCUCGUGCAUAUUGGGGUUGUAUUUGUUUUGUACGUUUCGUGUCCUUCCCCUCUGCUAGUGAUGGUGAAACCUUCUGCGGUAAGUCUGUGUCUCCUCUAUUGCGUGUUUCCAUGGUUGUCUAUGUUGUGUUGCUUUAUUCUGGAGCUCUGUGUGUCUGCCUCUAUUGUUGCGUCUUUGUGAUUCCGGUUUGUGUGUCCGAGUCACUGUCUGUGUGUCGUGGUGCCGUCGCGUUGAGGUGGGUUCACCUGUGUGCGUGGUUGUGGUGUUGUCCCGUGGAUUUUGGGGUGGAUCAAAAAGGUCUGUGUUUGGGAUGUGGAUGUGUGUGGCGCUCAGAUCGUGUGGUUUCGCAACUCUCGUCUGGUGCUAUCUGACCGCAGUGGCCGUUUGCUCUAUGUCUUGGCCGUCCGUGUGUUUGUAGUGGGUCUUGGUUCAGGCUGCGUAGUUUGAAGUCUUGGCACGCUGCCGCUCGUAUGUGUUGUGUGUUCACUUGUGUAUGUCCCCGACUGACCUGCUCAUUGUCCCGCCUCCAGUUGUCCUUUUGAUAUACGACUAUAUGUGGCGGCAAGUUGUGUGUCGUGUAUGUGCAUGUGGGUGUUGUGGGUUGGUGAUGGUGGGCGAUUCCGACCCCUGUCGCCGUCUCGGUUCGUCGGUCCCCAGCUUUUCAUGUUAGUACCGUAUUUAUUUUGGCUUAAUACUCUCCUCCUUCGUCUACUGCGUGAUAGUGAAUGUUUGGAUGCAUUUUAGGCAGCCAUGACUCAGGAAGGAUCUCUAACAGCCAUCUAAGGAGUGGCCAGUGAAGUUAUCACUAGGCUGUAAUGUAAACACUGCAUUUUCUCAGAAAAGACUGUUUACAGCAAAAAUCAUGAAGGUAAUGAUUCUACUCACCAGAACAAAUUCAAUAAGCUGUAGCUGUUCUGGUGACUAUAGUGUCCCUUGAAGUAAAUUGGAUGUCCUUCCACCAACAAUCUCUUUACCUUCUUGAUCUCAUCUAUGCUGAUCUAUCUUCUGUUCUAAGUGUGCCUUAUUAGUGCCAGAAAAGCUUCUUUUUAAUUUGUUAAUGCAUUUAUCUGAUCGUAGUUUGCUGCUACUAGUUUUCUAUAUGAUUUCAGGACCACGGUUUAAUGCUGCAUUAUGUUAGGGGCUGGAAUACUUUGAAUAUUGUUGCUGAUAUUAGAUAUUGUUCCCACAAAGUAGUUUCUUUACUGUUGUGUUUAUAAUUACAGGAUCACCAUAUAUAUGUACAGCCUACGUAUUGGCUACCUUCAGUUCAUAUAUAAAGUUGUGUAUGUAUGGUGUAUAACUGUGUAUGCAGCUCUACAUCAGAGGAAAUGUAUGAUAACAUGGCUUCAAACACAAUUGCUGUGAUGAUUUAUAAAUUUGUCUUUUAUGAAGUAGUCCGGAGUAGAUUUGUUCUGGUUGCAUUGCAAGCCAACCCUAAUUUCUGUAUUGUUAACUUACUAACUGAAGAAUGGUUCUCAACACUUUUUAUAAUGCAGUACCCAAACUACAAAACAGGAACCCAUAGUCACAAAACCAUACCCUAUGUGAGUGAUCUUAACCACUUUAUUGCCAUUACUGAAUGACUGCCUGAGGAAAGAAAAAACAAAUUUUUCAUGAAACCAUUAGCCCCCGCUGAGGAAACAGGACAAACUAUAUUUAGCGUAAUAACUUAACAUAAACAAGCAUGAAGCAUUCUCCCAGAAAAUGUUUUGAUGUGCAUUGAGGUUUUUUUUGUUUUUUUUUUUGUCGUUUUUUUUUUUUUUUUGCGUAUGUAUAUGGCGAUUAAACUUUUGAGUUUUCUGGUCUUCUCGGUCAACUCGAUAAUGCCAGGAAGUGGCAAUUAGGGCACAUUUUCUUUUUGAUAAAUGGAAGCACAGGAAGAAAAUGGAAAGCAUGGUCUAAGUGACCCAGCAUUCAAAAGGUUGCCUUAUAGGGGCAUUUAGUGAUAUUUUGGAACGCCCCCCUUCCUCCCACACACACAUGGUCUGUGAUACAGUGCUUUUCAAGUUUUCUAAUGUUGUAAUGACUUGUGCUACACCUUCCACUACCUAUAAAAUCCAGUGUGAACUGGAGCACGAUCCAUCUCUUCCUAUCUGUCCUUCAUCAACCACUGAUGCAAAUUAAUUAAGAAGGAAUUUCCAUCCAAAGCCAGCAAAUUUAUGGUUUUUCCAUAGUUGUAUGACUUCCUUCCAGAUUAGCCGUUGUCUCCCUUUUCAAACACAAUUCUGUUCAAUCUUGCAUACAAAGCAAACACUAAAUACAGAAAUGCUUAUUCGUUUCAUGGUGCCUAGGAAAACGGUGUAUUCUUUGCAAGUUAAUGCAAAACACUCCUAUAAGUCUCUCCUCUGCUCAUAUUGUCUCACUUUUCAUCUAAUGUUCACUUGUUCCUACACAAUUUGUUAUUUUGUUGCAUCCUGCAGAAGAUGAACACGCUGGAGUCACAUUUUAGCUUUAAAGCAGGUUAUUUCGUAGUUGGGUUUUCACAAUUGCAUUAAUUUUUCCAUGUAAAUGGUUUUAUACUUCUCUUUUAGUAUGCUUUGGAAUGUUAAUUCUUUGUGCUACCAUCUUCUUGUGCAAUACUUGGCUUCCUUGCUUGCCAGGAAUUAGCUCUGUUAAGAGAAUACAUAUUGGUUUAAUAUGGACCAUUGAGACGUUCUUGUGAUUGCUGAAAACAGAAAGAUUUUAAUUAAAGACUAUUGCUUCCAUGUAAAUUUAACAUGGUCUUAGGUUAAAAUAAUGACAAGAAGACAUCCUUCAACGUGAUGGUUUAUAAAAGUAUAUGUUGUUUUUUUUGUCAGUCUCUUUUUUUUAUUGUAGUGCAAUUAAAAUACAGGUAAUACGCAGCAACAUUAUACAGCCUGGAGAACAAUUCACAUACAUGAACAUUCAAAAUGUAUAUGUAUGAGUGAAACACACCAUUUUAUUUAUUUUUUUAAUAUCUAUCUCUAUCUUAACUGAGUGCUAGGAGUGACAAACUGCAGUUAAAGGGAUCCAAAGCUGUUUUCCUGGUACUAUAUAUUUCCAAGGUGCUUCCCUACUUUGCACCCCCCCUCUCAGUGCUGAAAGGGUUAAAACUCCUUUAGUCAAUUACCUGAAUCCAGCGCCGAUGUCCCUUGUGCUGGGUCAGGCUCCGCCCACACUCCUCCCCCGUCGUCAGAGCGGGGAAGGAGCGUUAAACCUAUUUUGUUUAACCAUUUCAGAUAACCUACAUUGCCAUUACAGCAAAUACAUGUAUAUGUAUGGGUGUUUUAGUUGAAUUCAAAUGUAAUUGUUCUUAAAAUUGGAGUGAUUAACCUAUUAAACUGGAGAUGGUUCACCUUGCAAUACAUGACUAACAAUUUUCUAUUUUUAUAUAACAAAAUCAGUUCUGAUACAACUGUUAAACUAAUCUAAAACAUUAUUUAUUCUAAAUAGAAAAUCGUCACCUAAUUGCAACUAUUAAAAUUCUAACAACCUCCAAGAAUAAGUGAGAUAGAUAGAGAGAUAUAUAUCUCUAUUAUAAUUUUUGUUAAACCAUGAUUAGUCUGUCUUACUAGUGAUAUAAAUAGACUUGAUUUAAGGCAAAUUCACCCUGGUUCUAUACAUAUGGUUUCCCAUAGUAUACUUUACAUGGUGUAUGAGCUGUUCACUGACCCCAAUCUUGACACUUCUUUCAUAGCCUGGGAAUCCGGUCUGUGAUAUGAGCUACAUGGCAAUAAAACUAACAUAUAAUGCACAUGACACCUACUACAUUACUGACAGUGUAUAUACAAUAUGUAAAUAGUCUGUCUUCUCUCAUGUAGCUGGUUUGUAUAUUGAUCUAGUUUACAUAUUUUUUAAAUGUAUGCUAGACACGAGUCAUGUUGAUAUGUUGUAAUUGUUUAUUGCCUAAAAGGACACUAUAGGCACCCAGACCACUUCAUGUUUGAAUUAAAAGGCACUAUAGGCACCUAUACUACUUCACAUGAAGUAGAGGCACGUCCUCCGAAAUUGCCGAGUGAAACUUUAUUAUAAUCAGAUGAAUCCCGGAGAACACCUGAAUGGCGCAGUGUUGUAUUUUUCCGCAAAUGCACACUAGUCUCCCAGUGCUUUCCUAGGGGGUAAUACCUUUAAUUUAAUACUUUUUUUUCCAACCUUUGCUCUAGGGAAAGUCACCUAAAUGGUGACCUGGACACUAGCAUUAGGAAAAGACAUUUGUAUAGUGUUCCUUCAAGAUAAGGGCUCCCUGCUUUCUGUAUCGUCAGCAUUUUGCUUCCUAAAUGGAAGAGCUUAAAUUUUGUUACAAGAUGACCUCUUCCUCUGAGAUGUACAUGUAAUUAUGGCUCUUGUAACCCUUCAAUUGCUUUAUUAUAGCUUAACUAUACCCAUAAGAUCUGAAGCCUUUGCAAGCACUUUAAAGAUAUACCCCAAUGAACACAUGCAUUUAAAAUAAAAAAAAAGCUGUGUCACAAAAUUUGUUAGCAUAGAAAGCAUGACAGAUCCAUAUUUACAUGGCACCAACAUAUUCCACAGCGCUUUGCAGUAAUGCAUAGGGGUAUAAAACAUCAAGUACUGACAUGCAUAGUAAAAUGUUUACCGUCAUUAUUAAAACCUCCAAAUUCGUUAUAAAUAGAUGCUUUGCCUUUUUAGGGCUUAGAUCAACUGCCUUUAGAUGUCCAAAAGAAACCAGACACAGAAAGAACAUUUAAUUUGGCAAUAUGCAUUUCUGAUGACAAAUGAAGGGAUUUUGUCAUAAAGAAACUGGUGUGAACUUGAGGUGAUCUUGAUGAAUUGGAAAGAGCCGCAGCUAUCUGUUUUUUGUUAGCCUCUGUCUCUUCUUACUCUCUCUGUGGUUAAACUUACCUGUCAUUAAAGAAAAAAAGAAAAAAAUCACAUAAUGUCUCUUUAAAGGACCACUAAAAUUACCCAGGUCUCCAUUUCAAUUAAGUGGCCUGGGUGCAGUGGCAAUGUCAUUUGUAACCAUUCAAGGUAAAACAUGCAGUUUUGCUUGAAUGUGCACACAACACUUAAGCGAUGAUGAUUCUGGUGCUUAACCCCUUAAGGACUAAGCCAAAUGUACACGUGAACAAAACGUAAACAAAAACUUGAAUUUGCGCUAUGUCUGUUCAGGCGUAAUUCACAUCUUUCAUAUUAUGUGCGCUAACACUUAUUAUAUAACAAUUUAUUCAGGGGAAACAGGGCUUUCAUUUAACAUAAAAUAUUUAGGUAUGAAACAUUUAAUAUGAAUAAAAUAUUUUAAAAAAAUGGGAGAAAAUAAGAAUUGGAAAAAAUGUUUUCUAGUUCUCAGUGACAUUUUAACUGUGUCAUAAUACUGUUUGAUUUUACUGCAAUAAAAUACACAUUUGUAUUCAGCGAUGUCUCACGUGUAAAACAGUACCCCAUAUGUACAGGUUUUAUGGUGUUUUGGGAAGUUACAGGGUCACAUAUAGUAUGUAUGAUUCCAAUAUUGUUGAAUGGGUAAGGCAGUGGCUGAGUGACAGGCAACAGAGGGUUGUAGUUAAUGGAAUAUAUUCGAAGCUUGGACUUGUCACCAGUGGGGUACCUCAGGGAUCUGUACUUGGACCCAUUCUCUUUAAUAUUUUUAUUAGUGAUAUUGCAGAAGGUCUUGAUGGUAAGGUAUGUCUUUUUGCUGAUGAUACUAAGAUAUGUAACAGGGUUGAUGUUCCAGGAGGGAUAAGCCAAAUGGCAAAUGAUUUAGGUAAACUAGAAAAAUGGUCAGAAUUGUGGCAACUGACAUUUAAUGUGGAUAAGUGCAAGAUAAUGCAUCUUGGACGUAAAAACCCAAGGGCAGAGUACAGAAUAUUUGAUAGAGUUCUAACCUCAACAUAUGAGGAAAGGGAUUUAGGGGUGAUUAUUUCUGAUGACUUAAAGGUAGGCAGACAAUGUAAUAGAGCAGCAGGAAAUGCUAGCAGAAUGCUUGGUUGUAUAGGGAGAGGUAUUAGCAGUAGAAAGAGGGAAGUGCUCAUGCCAUUGUACAGAACACUGGUGAGACCUCACUUGGAGUAUUGUACACAGUACUGGAGACCGUAUCUUCAGAAGGAUAUUGAUACCUUAGAGAGGGUUCAGAGAAGGGCUACUAAACUGGUUCAUGGAUUGCAGGAUAAAAUUUACCAGGAAAGGUUAAAGGAUCUUAACAUGUAUAUCUUGGAGGAAAGACGAGACAGGGGGGAUAUGAUAGAAACAUUUAAAUAUAUAAAGGGAAUCAACACAGUAAAGGAGGAGACUAUAUUUAAAAGAAGAAAAACUACCACAACAAGAGGACAUAGUCUUAAAUUAGAGGGACAAAGGUUUAAAAAUAAUAUCAGGAAGUAUUACUUUACUGAGAGGGUAGUGGAUGCAUGGAAUAGUCUUCCAGCUGAAGUGGUAGAGGUUAACACAGUAAAGGAGUUUAAGCAUGUGUGUGAUAGGCAUAAGGCUAUCCUAACUAUAAGAUAAGGCUAGGGACUAAUGAAAGUAUUGAGAAAAUUGGGCAGACUAGAUGGGCCGAAUGGUUCUUAUCUGCCGUCACAUUCUAUGUUUCUAUGUUAAAUUUUUCAUUUUUUUUUUCACAUUGAAAUUCACCAGUAGCUACUAAAAAAGACUGGACAUACCCCAUUUGCAAUACCCUGGGUUGUCUACUUUUGCAAAUGGUAUGCCAUCAUGGGGGUAAUUCUCAUUCCUCGCCUACCAUACGGUCUCAAAGGCAACGUAUCCAAUCUGGCGAAUUUCAGUGUGAAAAAACUGAAACACAAGCCUUAUAUUAGACUCUGUAACUUUUGAAAACACCAUAAAACCUAUCAGGGCCGGACUGGGAGAAAAAUUCGGCCCGGGCAUUUUUUUAACACAGCGGCCCACUAAAAAGGGGGCGGGGCAGAGGAGGUGUGUUUUGUCAUCACCAAUGACAAACACGCCUCCUCUCAAAGUGAGCAUGUUGGUUCAAUGCUCUUCCAGGGCAGACCAUGCGCAGAGCUCUGCUGAAGAGCUCUAGCAUGAGAAAAAAGUCCUGUAUUUGUUCUGCACAGUGCAAGCAAAUUUAAUAACAUGCUUGCACUGUGUUUCCUUGCAACUUGUCUCUGGUGUCUCUAUAAAUGGAUACCAGGAGACAAAAGGCCAGGAAAGAGUAUUGUGCAUGUGUUUGGAGCCUGCUUGUGGUAUUGCAUGUGUGUAGAGUGAGCUGGUCGUGGUGUGGUAUUGUGUAAUAAGGUCGGUUUUAGUCGUGUUGUGUUUGUGGUGUAAUGUGAUGCAUAUGUGGCUCAGGGACCCCCUCCCGCCCGGCUCUGGAAAGGGGUUAAAACUUACCUUUUUCCAGCGCCGGGCGGGGAGCUCUCCUCCGAUCCGCCCGUCGGCUGAAUGCGCACGCGCGGCAAGAGCUGCGCACGCAUUCAGCCGGUCGCAUAGGAAAGCAUUUAUAAUGCUUUCCUAUGGACGCUUGCGUGCUCUCACUGUGAUUUUCACAGUGAAAAGCACGCAAGCGCCUCUAGCGGCUGUCAAUGAGACAGCUGCUAGAGGCUUUGGGGGAAGGCUUAACCCAUUGAUAAACAUAGCAGUUUCUCUGAAACUGCUAUGUUUAUAAAACAAUGGGUUAACCCUAGAAGGACCUGGCACCAAGACCACUUCAUUAAGCUGAAGUGGUCUGGGUGGCUAGAGUGGUCCUUUAAGAGUGUAGUGUGUGUGUGUGUGUGUGUGUGUGUGUAUAUUUGGAAGUAUUGUGUAUGUGUGUGGUGCAGUGUGUUGGGGGGGUUCUGUGUGUAUGUGAGGGGUGCAGUAUGUGUGUGUGUGAGGGUGCGGUGUGAGUGAUGGGUAUGAGAGUGCCGUGUGUGAGUGAUGGGUGUGAGAAUGCCCUGUGUGAGAGUGCUGUGUGAGAUGGGUGUGAGAGUGCUGUGUGUGUGUGAGAGUGCUCUGUGAGAGUGCUGUGAGUGUGAUGGGUGUGAGAGUGCUGUGUGAGAGAAUGCUGUGUGUGUGUGAGAGUGCUGUGAGAGAGUGCUGUGUGUGAUGGGUGUGAGAGUGCUGUGUGAGAGAGUGCUGUGUGUGAUGGGUGUGAGAGUGCUGGGUGUGAGAGUGAUGGGUGUGAGAGUGCUGUGUGUGAUGGGUGUGAGAGUGCUGGGUGUGAGAGUGCUGUGUGUGAUGGGUGUGACAGUGCUGUGUGUGAUGGGUGUGAGAGUGCUGUAUAAAUGUUAUUGUGUGUGUGUGUAGGGGGGGGGGUAAAUAAAAUUUAAAAAAACAAAACAAAAAAAAACAGUCAUUAUCCCCCCCCCCUCCCUUCUUACCUUUAGCCUGGGAGGGGGGGGUCCGGCACGCUGGCAGGCGGGGUGGAGCUGUUCCCUGGUGGUCCUCGUGGGUGAGUGAACUCUAGCCAGCAUAGCCUGUGAGGCUAGAGUUCACUCUCGCGAGAUCCGGUCGUUGCCAUGGCAACGCGCCGGAUCUCGCGAGAGGAACCCGGCGGAGCUGCAAGUUAGAGCUCCGCCGGGUCCUCUCUCCAGCCUGGCUGGCUGGCUCCCUCCCUCUCUCCCCGCCGGAGGCUGCAUGUGGGCCGGUCAGGGAGAUCCUUGAUCUCCCCACCGGCCCGUCGUGGCAAACAGCGGGGCCGGCGCUAGGAGAGUGCCGGCCCUGCAUAGACCGGCAGGGGAGAUCCUGGGACCUCCCCUGCCGGCCUCGGCCCCACGGACACCGCGGCCCACCGGGCAUUUGCCCGGUAUGCCCGAUGGCCAGUCCGGGCCUGAAACCUAUACAUGAGGGGUACUGUUGUACUCAGGAGACUUCACUGAACACACAUAUUAGUGUUUCAAAACAGUAAAACGUAUCACAACAAUUAUAUCGUCCGUGUAAGUGCCAUUUGUGUGUGGAAAAAUGCAAAAAAUUUAACUUUCACUGACUAUAUCGUUGUAAUACAUUUUACUGUUUUGAAACACUGAUAUUUGUGUUCAGCAAAGUACACAUAUAUGUCCCGUCGAGGCUCCUGUGCUCUGCCGAAGACCUACACCUUUCCUCUGUCUGUACUCCCACAUCUGAUGCUCGCCUCCAAGACUUCUCCAGGGCUGCACCUUUUCUGUGGAACUCCCUUCUCAGUUAGGCUUUCACCCAGUCUCCACUCCUUCAAAAAAUCUUUGAAAACACACUUCUUCAGAAAAGCAUAUCAAUUAAACUGUUAGCAAGUUUUUAUCCCCCAUCCCCCAUGACUCCUCUCCUCCAACUGUCAAAAAUUACCUACUAAGCCCACAAUGAAUACUUUUCUAACAACCUACUUCAUACCCCUACUUUAAACCUUUGUGUCACUAUACCCCACCCCCUCUAGAAUGUAAGCUCAUUGAGCAGGGCCCACCACUUCUGUUCCUGUACGUCCAAUUGUCUAGUUACAAUUACAUGUCUGUUAGUCCACCCAUUGUACAGCGCUACGGAAUGUGAAUGCGCCAUAAAAAUAAUAAAAUAUAUUGCUGACCAGAAGUGGGACAAUGUGGCAUGAGGGCGGAGGGCAAGGUAAGUCUGUGACUGUAGAUAAACACAUUAGCCAGAGGUACAUCAUAGGAACACUAUAUCAGAAGCUAUAUGACUGUGGGGGGGGAGAGAGGAGGGGCAGCAGGGGAGGUUUUCUAGAUAGAUUUGCAAUAAGAACAGCGAGUUAAGAAAAGUAGUGCUAUAUCUCUUAUUUGUAUUUAUAUAUUUUCUUUUGUUCUUGCCUAUUCAGGAUGGUCAUAUAGUAAUCUGAAGCCAUUUACAUUUCCUUUUCUUGUUCUCCUCUUCCUUCUGGGAGUCUAUUGUGGUCAGUAAAUUUCUAUCUGCAGUUUGCAAGGGACUUCAGAAUAUAGAACGUUUAAUGUUUCAGGCUGUGGAGACUUAUCAGCCGUUAGAAAUUGGUGUGUGUUGGGGGGUGAUAUGUAUUUACCAGCUUUGUUGCUCUUACAGAUCCUCUCUGUGUUGGGGCUUUAGUUAGAAGUUUGACCGCACUACAGCUGCUGUGCACUACAACUAGGGUGAAUCACACCGCUUUGUAUGGCGUAUCCCUUGAAUCUUUUGUACCUUAAAGGGACACUGUAGCUACCCAGAAAACUUGAUCUCAAUGAAGUGUUCUGGGUUCCCUGGCCCUAUGUUUGUCUUUUUGGAAACCGCAAAGUUUACUUUGCAGGAUUAAGUCCACCUCAAAGUGACUAUCCUACUGUCAGCCGCUAGAGGUGCUUACACUGCACUGACAGAGUAGAACUUGGUCAUGUGAUGCGGAAGCCCCCCAUAGGAAAGCAUUGAUUCAUUGCACUUAAUGAUUGAAUGUGUGCGCAGCACUUGCCAGCAUGCACAUUAUGAAGAACAUUAGAUUGAACCAUUGCGGAUGAGGUAACGACUCUCUGGUGAUGUCACAGAACGCGGAGAGGUCAGCACUGGAAAAAGGCAAGUAAAACAUUUCUUUAUUUCUAUGGUGAACAAGGGGGACCUAUAUAGAUCUUCUAAGGACAUCAUAGCAUUAGGAAUACAGAUUUGCAAUCCUAACUCUCUCUAGAAGUAUGUAUGUUUGAGUUUUCCAUUGAGGUAUAAAGGUGCAGUGUUUCUUGGUAUAUUUGGUAGAGAUGGGGGAAGGUGAAAGUUGGUGAACUCCACUGUCAUCUUUGCUGGUAUUUCCUUACACAAGUACUGGGAUAAUAAUUAGUCACCAGACUGGAAAGGAGGAUAUGACUGUGCUUGUGUCACAGAGUUACCACACUGUAAUUCCUUUAUCAGUGUAACCGCUCACAAGAAUCUGGAGGUUGUGCUUAAAAGUCCUGUUAGAUAGAAUGUCAGAAUUCACAGCACAAUAAACAUAUCUGCAUGCUUCUGUAACAUGACUUUUUUUUUUUUUUUUGGUAAUGUAAUCUUAAUGUUUUUUUUUUUUUCAGCACUACCUGUGACCACACUGCUGGAUAACUUUCUCUCUUGCAGAGAAUUUCUUUCAUAUUUAUUUCACAAAUGCCUGUUCCCUGCACAUCUUAAUGGAUGGAAAAAUGUACCCUUUAAUAAGGGCUACCUGACCCACCAUUGUUUGUUACACAGGCAUUACUUCGAUGUGCUGAUGGUUACCAUGUAUCAGUGCUUCUGGAGAUUAAUGGUUUCAUUUUGUGAUGCAAAUGGGGGUAAAUGCAAGGGAAAAGGCAGAUCUGAAUAUAUUCUCCAACUCUGCUAGAGUCGCAUCUUUUUGCCUCCGCUUUUCCAUUUUGGUUUGAUGUGUGAAAAUCCAAAAUUUAGUGAAUAACCCUGAGGGAGGUUCUGUCAGAGGUGCAAUAUUGGUGUUGUGAGGGGUUCAAAACACCCAGUGCCAUGAAGACAUUUGUAGCAACAGGACUAGGUGACUUGUGGUGCUGGCAGGUCGUGUCAGCCCACAGCACCUGCCUGCUGCCACCACUAGUCCCUGCGCAGUUCGAAUGAUCAUUAAAGUGGCAUGAUCACAAAGACGGCUUAUCCAUUUAAAUCUUGUGCGGUGGAAUGUGGAAAGUACAUUUUCAAAUUUUUUUCUCAUUUGCACUUGCUUGGAAGGUAGUAAUGUGAUAUUUGUCUGCCCCCUCUUAUGCGGAGAGCAAAAUAGGUAGAAAGGUAAACAAACUGUUUAUUUUUUGGCUCCUUCCUCUCUGCCUCUGUACCACAGUAAGAGGAAGGUUUAGCUGAUCAGCUGGUUAUGGGCUCCAUAAUGGUCAUAGGCUACAAAUUGAGAGAAAUAGUAUGUACUGUUUCUCUCAAUCGGCACCAAAUGCUUGGCUAAAAGUGUCAGUAAAAAUCCAGUCUAAGGUACUUUGUUUUACUGCUCUAAUUCUUCUCUGUAUUUUGUUAUACAUUGGUGGGUGGGGGAGAUACCUAAGUGUUAUUCGCAGUGAAGAUAGGUGGCUAGAUCUCUAUUAAAUUUGUUCUGUUAACUUUUAAAUCCUUGUUGUGUUAAUGGCAGGAUAGAGUGUGUGUUUGUUGCCUUAUCUAUUCCCAGAUAUCAUGUAGGAGGGGGAAGAGAUUUGAGCAAUUUGUUUCCAAGUCCCAUGUUAAAUUAAGCCAGUACAGCACUUCAGCAUCUCGUUUUGUGUAACUAUUUUAUGACAAGUUAAAGCUGAUCCUGCAGCAUUAUUUUCCUGUCUGCCUGUUUGAAGUGUGCCGUCUGCUGACACGGUGCUACGAGUAAGGAUUAAGCCAUAUAAGGAGAAAGUCCACAUAUCUGACAGUAUCUCUCUUUUCCUCUCCCGUCUCAUUCUUUCCCACUCACUAAUUUCCUUCCACACUUCCUUUUUUUUUUCCUUGCCCCCCCCCCCCCCCAAUCCCUCCUCUUACAAUGCAGUUUCACUUUUCUGGGAAAACUAAACUCCUUAAUAUGUGAUUUGAAUAUGUAGUCUCCCAAGCUUGAAAAGUUGCUGUUAAUGUAUAUCAAUCAAACAAUGAACAAGCACACCCCAGCCCCCAUGUGCUGUAGACUAAAACGUUGGAGGCUGGUUAAGCAUCAUCCACCGCAGCUGGGACUGCAGAGUGUGCCUAUCCUUGAAUUCAGUGCUUUGUUUUGAAAGUUACUUUUGAAAGAAAACAAUUUUUUUGGCAGAUUAUAUUAAAUGCCUUUUGUGGUUGUAGUCUUACUCUCUGUACAGUAUUAUUAGACCAAUAUUUUCUGCAUACUUGCCACAAAUGUUGUACAUUUGUCAGAGUACUUUGCUGAGCCAGUUAACCCCUUAAGGACACGUGACAUGUCAUGAUUCCCUAUUAUUUCAGAAGUUUGGUCCUUACGGGGUUAAAGUGUUUAGUUUCCUCAGGAAAGGUUUGCUUUCCUUCACCCUCAUUGCUUUAAAAAGCUUAAAGAAGCAUUUCUAUAUCUGUAUUUAUUGAGGAAUAAUGAUGCAAAUUAUCAAGUGCUUUAUCAUAAAUUUAAUAAAAUUAGUAUCAACGCUUAGCAGAUAUUCCCUUAUUGUCCGAAUAUAGGAAAAAAACAUACAAUGUAAUAAUAUUAAAAUUAACUUAAAACGUAAGAGUUCCAAUGUCAAUAUAUGGAGGGAUAUAUCCAAAUGGUUACGGGAAUUCUAACCGUUGCAAGGUAGUCUGUGGUUGAAGUUAAUUUCAUCCGAUGCAACUUAGUAUCUAACCUUAAAUCAGAAAAGAUACUGACAGUGUAAUUCAGUAACAGAUUUUUAUUCCCUAUACAAAAAACCCCUAAGAAGAACGCUUACAGAAUAUCAUGGUGGACCUUAUUUCUAAGUGCCACUACAUAAGCAUUGGUGCAAUACAGUGUUCUAGCCGGGAUGUAUAUGAUAACCGCUCCGCUCAUGGAUUUUUGCAGCCCGGUCCUGUGCACUCGCACCGAUGUCCUUGCAGGAACGCCGACUUUCAGGUACUGCUGUGAUCUCACAAUUCAAAAUAGAAAUUCCCGCCAAACUCAAUCUACGUGUUUCGCCUGUUAGAUCGGGUUCUCUCAAGAUAGUGUCUGGGGGAUUGGGUUUGAAUAUAUACACCCCCUGAUUGCAUAUCUAGAGCGUGAAGCACUUGUGUGCUCUAGACCAGCGGUUCCCAAAGUGUGGGUCGCGACCCACUGGUGGGUCGCAGGGUGAUUCCCAGUGGGUCGCGCUGACCCACACAUCCAGGGCUGCCGGGGACUCAGGCAAGCAGACUGAUUAGUUGGGCUCUUGGUCAGUGACACCAGGAGGGCUCCCUCCAGUCAGUCUGCCCAGCACCUCCAGUUUGAGCUCCGCCGGGUGCAGAGCUGCAGAUUGUGUGAUAGAAGUCUUGCGAGCACCCAGAGUGUUACCGUGGCAACACUCUGGGAGCUCGGGAGACUUAUUACACUGUCUGCAGCUCUGCAUCCAGCUUAGCUCAGACCGGAGACCCACCGGACCAAGUACCUUGAGAUACCUGUGUCAGAGUAGGAGAGAAAAGAAGAGAGGAAAAGGAGGACAGGAGAGGAAAGGAACUAAAUAAGCAUUUUAUGUAUGUUAGAACUAAUUCUAAAUUGCCUAAUGCCUAAAUUGAAAACAAACUCAUUUUGAGUUGAGCAUUAUAUUGCUCGCAGAAAUAAUGCUUUCUGUAAUUGCUAAGAUAUCAGAGUAAGGAAUUCUGUCGCAGAUAAAGAGUAUUUAUUCAUUUUUUUUAUGUUGUAAUUAAUCCGUGUGAAAACUAGAAUUCUAUGUUAGACAUUAUAUUGUUUGUAUGUAAAUUAUCUUUUAGAAAUAAGAAGAAAAGUAUAUGUGUUUAAACUAGAGCACCUAAGUGCUUCACACCCUAGAUAUGCAAUCAGGGGGUGUAUAUAUUCAAUCCCAAACACUAUCUUGAGAAAGCACGAUCUAACAGGCGAAACACGUAGAUUAAGUUUGGCGGGAAUUUCUAUUUUGAAUUGUGAGAGCGAUCACAGCAGUACCUGAAAGUCGGCGUUCCUGCAAGGUCAUCGGUUCGAGUGCACAGGACUGGAGCGGUAAUCAUAUACAUCCCGGCUAGUACACUGUAUUGCACCAAUGCUUAUGUAUUGGCACUUAGAAAUAAGAAUCACAGGGCGUGGCCUGGACGAGCAUGGGGCAGGACGCACGGUGAACGAGCUCCGCACCACUGGCCGAUUAAAAAGCUAAAAUAAGCGAUAAACCGGGUGGCAAUGGUCCGGAACAGGAAGCAUAUGGCUCCGGAGUCAGCCACAGACGGCUCCCCACGGCGAUAUACGGGGCCGAUGGACGACUUUGUCGCCACGCCGUCAGAUCUCAAAGGGCCUCACCAGGCAGACAAAAUGGCGCCUGCAUCCCCGAGCUCGGUGAGCAUUGGAGAAUCCUUGGCGGAAGGCAUACAGGCGAGUCACUUAGCCCAAAUUAGAGCGGAACUUACCCAGAUAUCAGCGAGGAUGCUCUCUAAAGCUGCCACAGGUACCUUGGUGCAGGAACUUCGCGCAGCACUGCGUGAAGAACUCGCAGGCCUCCGCUCAGACCUGACUGCAUUAGAGCAGAGAGUGGACGAAGUGGAGACGGCGGCUCAAGGGUGCGAGGGGCAAUGGAGGUAGCAGUUACCAGACAAGGUAACAUGCUCCUCACCUUAUGAAGACAAGUGGAAAAUCUGGAAAAUCAGAGCAGACGUAACAAUAUUUGUGUUUGCGGCCUGCCAGAGGCAGGUACAGAACCGCUCCAGACCACGCUAAUUUAACUGUUCAAGCAGCUUCUAGGAGCAGAAGCCCCUGAAACGAUCCACAUUGACCGCGCACUUAGAGCCCUGGGGCCGGCGAGGCAAGACGGAAGCCCCAGAGAUGUGAUUUGCUGCAUCUCAACGUAUGGACUGAGAGAUAAGUUCAUGGUUGCUGCGAGAGAUUUACCCUCCAUCAGUUACCAUCACACAGAGAUCUCGCUGUAGCAAGAUCUCUCCAGCCUCACACUGGAUGCCAGAAGGGCAUUGCGCCCGGUGACCGGCGCACUCCGAGACAGAAGAAUCCCAUACCGCUGGGACUUCCACUUUAGUUUUCAAGCAAAGCAUUGCAACACCUGGCUAACGGCCUGCUGGCCGGAAGACAUCCCAAGACUCCAGAGGAUGCUGGGCUUGCCGCCGAAACCAUCACCAUGAGGAGGAACCCGCUGGCCCCCACGCACCUGCCUACCACUGUAUCCAGUGGGAAUAUACCUCCACGCAGGAGGGAGGGCCUGGAAGGCCCAGAAGAAUAACCUGGUCGGAGCCCAGACGGUCGCUGGGGGACUGGUGAGUUAUAUGCACAACUGGGGACACAAAUGCCGGGGGGGACGCUUUGGGAGGGAGGGGAACGGGCGAGGGGUCCCACUUGACGAUGUGGACCGGGGCCAACUUGAAAACAGGGGGACACCUCAUGGAGCCGGAGAGCCCCAUGUAAGGGACACAACCGUUAGAGCACGCCUAAGGUACCUCAGACGGCGAUUUAGGUCGGGGAAUGCGGGCUGUGCUUGCUGGGGGGGGGGAGGGGGAUAUGGACCGGUACGCUCACUACGAAAGGCACCGUGCCUAGCUGCAGCACAGGGGACGUUGAAACUGACCCAACCAAACUGUUCCGGAACUCAAUAGGUAAUCAGGGAGCAGGCUCCAAAACAUGACUGGAGACACUGACUGGCCCUGCCAGCUAUGUAAUACCAAACUACUUUUAGGGGCACGAGAGCCAAAUCCCGACUAAUCUAGCAGAGACUGUGGACACUGCCUGGCGACUACUGGAAGCAGGCUAUGGUAGUGUGACAUCGAAGGGCAGGGAGAAUUGGCUAUAGGGGAUAUGGGUGGCACUACACAGGCUCUUAGAGGGGUGGCUGACAGAGGGUCUACCGUUCUGCCAUGAUACUGUAUAGCACAGUUUUGGUUUUUUUGGCAACCCGGAACCAGAUACGGAAGGGAUAACCGUGCAGACUUAACGAACCACAGACAGGGAUGAGAAAGGUUACCAGCCGAGGCCACCAACCAGUAUACAGGGCAGACGUAUAGCGACCGCAUCCCGAAGCCUUCUUCUCCCCCCCCCCCCGAGACGUCAAGGGAGCCCGACGGACCCCCAGCACCAGACACAGCGGACUAUUAGUGAGGGUACACAACGGCCGUAGAAGGCUUAACUCGAGAGGGUACAUGCAGACGAAAGGACAAGCCCCCCCCCCCGCUCUCACAUGUUCCCGAAGGGGUGCCCUCCAUGGAUCUCGGGACUCUGUGGGUGGGAAUGGGUCCCUGGCAAUGACCACAGAUAAGCACACAACCCCAUAGCGACUAAAAGCUCAGGACCUACCGAGAACCUUAUGCCUCCCGUAACGCCUUGGCAAUAUCGGUGGGGGGGAUGUAGAUGACAUAGGUCACUAGAUACCUAUACUGACCCCAAAGAAAGGGUCUUCACUCAUUGUUACAGGUGCCUCAUCCCUAACACAUUGCUAUACUCACACCGGUGGAACAAGCCAUAACACCUGGUAUACACAACGGUUGUGCGCUGCGCUACCUCUCCCUGGGCCAGGUACCCCUAGACGGGCACCUUAGUAGCUCUGUUUGGGGGGUGUGGACUACUCUGAUAGGGUGUCCAUACGAUGCCCCCACCACAGGUGUCGAGUCAACGCAAGCCCACAUUACUAAAAUUACAACUCUUUCCUCACCCCACACUCCCUACUCGUCUCCCCAUCACCUUCCCUCCCCCAACAUCUAACCUUAAAUCAGAAAAGAUACUGACAGUGUAAUUCAGUAACAGAUUUUUAUUCCCUAUACAAAAAACCCCUAAGAAGAACGCUUACAGACUGUGGGGUUGGGGUUUGCCCACGUGCCUCUUCACCUCUGGUCGAGUAAUGCCGGGGGCUAAAUGUGCCCGAACGGAGAUCGCACCUGCUACGCUCGCUCUGGGCCGAGAGGGUCUCCGUUGUUUUUAUACAGGAAACCCACUUCAGAGGCGCUGAGGGCCCAACGAUGCGAAACAUGCGAUACACAACGGGUUCUUUACAAAUCACCGGACGGCCAAGAGGACAGGAGUAGCGAUCCUAUUUGCGAACACAGUCCCGUUUGAAUAUGCAGACACCGGGGGCACUACCUGUUUGUCAAAGGCACUAUAGCGGGCUGCACUUACACCUUUGCCAGCAUCUAUGCCCCCAAUAAACGACAAUACAGAUUCCUCAGGAAGACGUUGCAUAAGCUGGAGGGGUUCCGAGAGGGCUUCCUGAUUGCGGCAGGGGACCUGAAUGUAGCCCUGGAACUGAGAAGCACUACGGGGUGCGGGCCUAAUGGAUAUCUGGAGAGUACUCCACCCUUGUAGCAAGGACUUCACCUACUACUCCUCGAUACACCAGGCUGGACUACAUAUUCGUGGCCCAGGAGCUUCUAUCCAUGCUGCUAUCAACGGAGAUCCGGCCCAUGGGCUGGUCCGACCAUUCUCCGGUAUCGGCCCGGAUUAGAUCCCCCUGUAUUGCCCGAGAGACCGUGAGUGGCGAUAGAAUGAAUCGAUCCUCAAUGAUGCGCCCUUGGUCAUGGAACUUCGAACGAUGCUAACCACCUUCUUUGAAAACGAAUCCCCGGAGAUCCCAGCCUUAACGGUGUUGGAAACGCACAAAUGCGUAAUCAGGGGACAGCUUAUUAAAAUGCAGAAGGAACAGAGACAACAUGUGGUGGACUUGACCGUGCAAAUCGCGGAUCUGGAAGAUAAGCACAAAACCACUCUGUCAGACGACCGCUACAAAGCACUUCUGGAGGCCAGGUGGGCUCUGAGAGACAUCCUUCACCGCAAACUACAGUACACCAUCCGGAAAGCCCACCGCAUUUUCUACGAAUACUCUGGUAAAUGCGGCAGCCUCCUGGCCCGAACGCUACAAAAAAAAGACGCCGAAUGUGCCACAUUACUAAAAUUACAACCAGGGACCAAAUUACUGACGCAUUCCACGGUUUCUACAAGGAGUUAUACAACCUACCAUCCGAAGACACAACAGACGCAGGUUGCCGAAAAGACAUACGAAUAGGGACCUAUCUACAACAACACAUCACGAAAACUCUGAGCCAAGAAGUAGCAGACAGACUGGAAGCCCCCAUCACACUGGAAGAACUCCAAGCAGCACUGAAGACAUCUAAGCUAAACAAGGCCCCAGGCCCAGAUGGACUACCGGUGAGAUACAUCAAGGAGUUCGGAGAGGUGCUUCUACCCAAACUCCUGAAUGGCCUGAACUCCCUGCUUGACAGAGGUGCGUUCACAAGGGAUGCCCUAUCAGCGACGAUCGCCGUCAUUCCUAAGGAAGGCAAAGAUCCUACCAAAUGCGCGAGUUAUAGGCCAAUCUCACUCCUGAAUGCGGACUUGAAACUUUUUACGAAGGUUAUUGCGACACGAAUAGGAGGAGUCCUGCCAGACUUAGUCCACCCCGACCAAGUGGAGUUUAUCCCAGGUCGGGAAGCACAGGAUAACGCCAUAUGUGCUCUAAAUGUCAUCCAUGCAGCGAGGCGGUCCACCGACGCAGAGAAGGCCUUUGAUCGGGUGGACUGGCGAUACAUGACAGCGACUCUACAGGCCAUGGGUUUCGGCCCACAUCUAAUGGCAUGGAUUUCUUCACUAUACACGAUCCCAUCGGCCAGGGUCAGGAUCAACGGGACACUCUCUGAACCGGUACAAAUAUGCAACGAGAUAAGGCAGGGGUGUCUGCUGUCCCCCGUUCUGUUUGCCCUCUCCCUGGAACCUUUCCUGAGGGCGGUCAGACGGGACUGGGGAGUGGGGGGGAUUUACCUUGCACGGACAGGUACAAAAGGUGGCUGCUUACGCGGACGACAUGCUAUUUUUCGUCAGCGAACCAAUGGUCUCCCUCCCGAAUCUGCUAAGGGCCUUCGCUGAAUAUGGACAGGUCUCCAAUCUGAAACUAAACAUGGAUAAAUCUGAAGCGUUCCCUAUCUCUACAGGAGAGGUGAUGGCCACUCAUCUCAAAAAGCAAUACGCCUUUACGUGGUGUCAAGCAAAUAUUUAGGCAUCUGGCUCUCGGCAGACCUGACCCAGCUGUACGCACACAACUUCGCACCGAUGUUACUAAAGUUGGAGGCGGAUAUAGCGUGAUGGGCUAGCCUGUGUAACUCAUGGUUCAGGAGAAUUAAUGCAAUCAAAAUUAAUCUACUACCCCGACUCCUAUAUCUCUUCCAGACUAUCCCAACUAACAUACCGGGGACCUUUUUCCGAACCAUGGACACGGCCAUCGCUAGAUUCAUAUGGCAAUCUAAAGCGUCCAGGCUGAAAAGAUCACACCUCCGACUGCCUAAGGCCCAAGGUGGAGUGGGUAUCCCAUCCAUUCUGGAUUACUACAGAGCAACGCACCUACACAGAGUAGUAGACUGGCGUGUUCCCAAAAACCUGUAAAAGCUGCAUACACAUGGAACAAAGCCAGAUGGAGGGGUCGAUCCUGGCGGCAGUGUGGCUGGGGAACCCGACGAUGGGCGCGCAAACCUGAAACCACCCGCUCAUUGGAGCGACCCUAAGAAUUUGGCACUCCGCCAGGACUAAACUUAGACUAUCUACUAACCCUGGCCCUCUGACCCCGAUCACACAUAACCCAGACCUGGCCGGGGGCCUUACACUUCGGGAUAUCAAGGCCUUUGGAGACUCAGACUGGACAUACAUGCACCAGUGGUGCAUGGAACACUCGCUGAAGCAACUACAACAUCUGAUGCCUGACAAGACACCAACGGGCUUGGAGAAAUUCCGAUACUUCCAGGUUAAAACCUACUACCAAUCCCAACGUGGGAGACAUUUAUUCCAUAGACCUGCUGGCGGUGCAAAGGCGAAGUGGGUACGGACCUUCAUAUAUGGUUUGCCUGUAGUAAAAUAGCCCCAUACUGGCAGCAAAUCCACACCCAGAUCAAGGAAACCUAGACACUGACCUCCCGUUCCAGCCCCUCCAGAUACUACUCCACCACACCCGAUGCCCCUCUCGAAAUACAAAAAAUCGCUCACCAAACACCUGUUAAAUGCAGCCAAAACGCUUGUCCCACUAAGAUGGCGGACCACCCGAGUGCCCACAGUCCAGCACUGGAUGGACAAGGUUGAAGAGAUCCACGGAAUUGAACAACUCACAGCCUCACUCAAUGGAACACUACCUGCAAACCUGCACCCCCUGGCUCACGUUUAUCUCCGGGAGACCGGUCUGAAACAGCAUGACACACGGCCAUUGCUGGACGGGCAAUGCAGACUGAGGCGUGGCUGGGAUCGCGGGGACAAGCCUCUGGAUCACGGCGUGGCCGGAUUCACGAGGGGUGCGUAGGGGCGCCUCAACCCCAGAGGCAGCGAUACCAACCUAACCUACCCUAUCCCCCCCUUCCCUUACCCCCCUCUUUCCCCACCGCUCUAUAUUCUAUUAAUUUUUUUCGACCAAAACACUACCCACCUCCAUGGAUACUAAACUAGAUACCUCACUUACUAAAUAUACCACUGCUCUACACCCAAUGUGGGCCGCACUAACGCACCUGAAAACAACAUCUUAUACAUAUCUAUGUCGGGUUUCCGACAUAGAGCCACACCCACUCACAGCAGAUCAUGAGCCCUCUUACAGGGCCACCCGACCGGGGGCAUAGGGCAAGCGGGCUAAACACGAGAGACAUAACGGAUAUCAAGACCCCACAGAACCUUAGCGCACCAACGAAAAAGACCGUGAUAGGACCCGACAUAAACCCAAACACAUAAGGGAACCUAAGCCCUACGACAGUCACCCCCCGGGUAAGGUGAAACCUGAACCAAAGGGUAGUAACUCAGCUUACCAAUACAAGAUAGACACGUGACCUGCCUCAAGGGAAGAUAUAUAGAAGCUCAGUUGAGCGGGAGUUUAUGAACAUAUAGCUGAAGAAAAAAAAGCAUUCCAUGUUGUUAGCACUGCUACUUAGACUCACAAUGCCUACUCUUCUACUAUACCAAUUACAGAAAAUCUGACACCCGCAUAAACAUGUAGCACCUGUUACGAUACAAAACACAAAUGCUAUUUGUUAUGUCUGUAUUAACAUGUACACUGUUUACUCCUUCAUAAAAGCGAGAAUGACAAAAACAACAAAAAAAAACUAUCUCUUCGCUUGUGCACAGAUAUGAAAUUUACAUUGUUAAAAACCGCUCAUUGUCUUAAUUGCCUUUUCAUUUCUGUAUUGUUCCAUAUAAAAAUACAAUAAAAUAAUGAUUGACAAAAAGAAAUGAUCCACCACGAUAUUCUCUAAGAGUUCUUCUUAUGGUGUUUUUUUUUUUUCUUGUAUAGGGAAUAAAAAUCUGUUACUGAAUUACCUGUACACUAUGUCAGUAUCUUUUCUCAUUUAAAGGACCACUAUAGUGCCAGGAAAACAUACUUGUUUUUCUGGCACUAUCAGGGUCCCCCUCCCGCCGGGCUCUGGGGAGAGGAAGGGGUUAAAAUCUUACCUUUCUCCAGCGCUGGACAGGGAGCACUCCUCCUCCAUAGCGACGUCAUCGGCUGAAUGCGCAUGCGCGUGCGCACGCACAUUCAGCCAGUUCAUAGGAAAGCAUUUACAAUGCUUUCCUAUGGACGCUGGCGUCUUCUCACUGCGAUUUUUUUUUUUUUUUUUUACGCAUGCAAGCGCCUCUAUCGGCUGUCAAUGAGACAGCCACUAGAGGCUGGAUUAACCCUGUUAUAUUUUCUCUGAAACUGCUAUGUUUAUAUAAAAAAAAAGAAGAAAAAAAAAAGGGGUUAACCCUAGCUGGACCAGGCACCCAGACCACUUCAUUAAGCUGAAGUGGUCUGGGUGCCUAUAGUGGUCCUUUAAGGUUGGAUACUAAGUUGCAUCGGAUGAAAUUGACUUCAAUCACAGAAAGCACAGACUACCUUGCAACUGUAUUAAUUCUCUUAACCAUUUGGAUAUAUCCCUCCCUAUAUUGACAUUGGAACGUUUAAAUUUUAAGUUAAUUUUAAUAUUAUUACAUUGUAUGUUUUUUCCUAUAUUUGGACAAUAAGGGGAUAUCUGCUAAGCGCUGAUACUAAUUUUAUUAAAUUUCUUGUCUACAUUAUCUUUAAAACUUGGGAAGGUUUUUAUAGUAUCUGGCAGCUUUUGUUUAUUUCCUGUAUAGCGCCUUAGUGCACUUUUUUGUGCUCUUAUUCUUUUAAAUUAGCUUUAUUUAUCAGAUAUGUUAAGUUUUAUAUCUAGACAGAAGCCAAUGUAAGGCUAGUGUUAUAAAAGUGAAGCAACCUCCUCUGGAAACUAAUGGAAUGUUCCUGUCGAUUGUUCUAGUUUAGAACUUUGUCCUAGAAUUCCUCUUUGUAUAUACGCUGCCUGAGUCCUGACCCUGACUCUUCCUCUUACGUGAUGCUCGUCCUUUUUCAUCACUAGUAUGCAAAAUGAAUGAAUUCCCCUCAGACUAAGUGUUCCUGGUAUGUAUGAGCUCUGACAAUCUGCCAGCUGGGUCAUAUUAUGUAAAGUGACUUAUAGGUUACAAAACCAGAAAUUGUAUUUGAGCAUGUGCUAUUAACUGGCUGGCACAGAUUGCCAGUCUUUUAAAUGGUGAAAAUUGUGGAGUAAUGUUAAUUGCAUGGCAGUACUUUCGGCAUUGACCAUUAAUAAACUGGAUGGUGUAAGUAUUACCACCCAAGACUGAGGUUUUCUGCAUAGGUUCAACUGGAGGCAUACCAUAGGGCAGUGGUAGGGAACCUUUGGCACUCCAGAUGUUUUGGACUGCAUCUCCCAUAAUCCUCUUGCAACCAUAAUGCUGACAGAGCAUCAUGGGAGCACUAAUCCACAACAUCUAGGGAUUUAGAUCCAUGCUUACUUCAUGGCCUCAAACUCUGAGUAUGGUGCUUGGCCGCGCAUACGUAUCUCCAAACCAUUACUUCAAAAACAUGCUCAUGUUUUCGAAGGCGUAACAGGCAGCCAAGGAGUUCAGACGCUGGAAAUGUAUUUCCACUCUUUUAUUUAAAAAAAAAAAAAAAGUAAAUGUAUUCUUUAAAUCCACUACCUGUACUAUUUACAUCUUAAAAAAGGAUCUCAACAAGUUUCACAUUAAUAUUUAAAGUGCACUUGCAAUGACACACAUUUAAUGUAUGCAGUACAAAUUCAUAUUUGCACUGAACAGCCAAGUUGAUAACAAGGGUAAUACUGAUGAUUUGUGUGAUAUGAGAUUUGCUGUUGUGCUGUCCAUGGCCACAUCUUGACAUAUUGAAAGGCACUUUUCAUCUACACAAUGUCUGGAUGGCAUCACCACUUUUGUUUCUUGGCUCUCAAACCAAUUGCUACAUAUCCACAAUGGGUUAGGUUUCAUUAACACCUUUGUUACAAGAUGUUAAGCACAUCCCUUUAUAUCAUUACAGUCCUGGCACUUUAUCUUUCUUAAAGAUUCACUCUAAGCACCAAAACCACUACUUAAUAUAGUGGUUUUGGUGAAUAGAUGCAGUUCUUUUUUUCUCUGACCAUUUAAAACAGAGACUGCAAUGCUUACUUCUGUCUGAAAACACACCUGUAGUGUGGCUUCCUUGUUAAGACCUUUGAUUUUCACACUGCAUUAAGAGGUCAAACUUCUUUAAUGGAUUAGACCAGAUAUGGAUAUUCUAUGCUAGAAAAUGUACACUAAUCUCAGUGGGUUUUUUUUUUGUUUGUUUUUUUUUCUUUUGAAGUUAAAAAUCCUCUUUGAACAUCAUUGGGAUGUCCCUAAAUCCAUUUGAGAAAGUAGUGGAGUCCAGUUUUUAAGGCAAACCAUCCUGAUUUUGUCAAUGUCCCCAUUGUUUUGUCUGUUUUGGAAAUUGUCUACAUUUGAUCUGUUGUGCAACGAGGACUGAAUGUGGAACUACUGCUCUACUAGACACUAGGAGGUCCACCACUCCCACAGCCAUUAUAUGUGUGGAACUACACAACACAAUGGAUGUAAGCAAACCAAUAAUAACCUAUUUCCACAAAACUGGUUUAAGAUUUAGUUCUAACUCCCUGUCAACUCCUAGUUAGCCUUUCACUUGGAAUAAGCAAUUUUUUUCAUAUCCAGUGUACCUUUGAUAAACCAUGACAUUAGAUGUAUAUUAAAUAUAACUAACGUCUAUGUGGUCCCAUGCCCUUCCUAGUAACUGUAUGUUUUUAGUUAGUUUCUCACCGGAGUGUGGCCCUUAUUGCUUUUUCCAGUACUAUCAACAAAAAACAUCACCACAAACCGCAUCCAGAUGUGAGCCACAUGUGCUGCCAAGAUUGUCUGACCUCAGAGAAAGUGAUGUGGGACACGCAACUACUCAACCAAAUAUUUUCUCCUUGUGACUGGCAGAUAUAAAUAAUAGAUAAUUUCUAGUUACUGCUUCCUUCCCACAGUAGGCUUACCCCCUUUAGAAGAGGUGUGUGUGUGUGUGUGUGUGUGUGUGUGUUUUUGUAUGCAUGAGUUUGUCUAAAAGUAUAAAUAGCACCAUUUUGAACACACCGAUUUGUUGAAGCAAUGUUUCAGUUCUCCAUAGGGACACAGUGUAUUUCCGUUUAUUAUGAAUAAAACAAAAAUAUAGGAAAAAUAAAAUCUAAUUAAAUGAAUGUUUUUGAUGACUAUUUUGUAAUUUGUGACAUCGUAUUUAGAAUACUUUGAAAUCUCCAGGCACUUGGACAACUCAUAUGUAUAUUAUGCAUAUUAAAGCUAAUGGUUGCUAAAUUAUGUGCCCGGUUUAAUUUACAUGAUCAAAUUUAGCACAAUUCCAGAUCUCUCACAACCAAGUGGAAAUGAAAACACCUGGCAAACUCUUAAUGUGGAAUAAAACCUCCUGCUUUAUUAUUUUUUUAUUUAAAGGAACACUCUGAGGGGAAAUAUUAAAUGUUUGAAACCUUCAAGUGUUCGUUUCCUUUGAUUUUAAAUAAAAAGCUAUUAAACUCUCCUUAAUCCAGAGCUGGGACAUUCUCCUCUCAGAAACAUUGCCAAUCCAGUGCUUCUCACAGAGACGCGUUAACAGCAUGUGGUGUAAUGAGUUACAAGAUGAUGCAAAUGUGCAGGUCUGCAAUAUUUGAAGGGCAUCAGUGAGAAAGCAUCUGUAGUGGCAGGCUGCCUGAUGCACCAAAACCACUUCAUUAAUAUAUCCUCGUACUAUCUCAGGCACCAGAUUUAGUACAUGGUUAAUGAGAGUGCACACUUUUAACUAUUUUAUGGGUACGAUAUGUCAUUGGAGGGCCCGGCCAACUUAAGUGCCAUGUUUGAGCCCAGAUAGGUACCAAAACAGACCAGGUAGCUGUUUACGGAAGCGCAUUUCCUGCUACCUGCUAAUAUCUCAUGUGCACAAUUUUGUUAAGUAAUAGGUAAAGCGCACAUGUGAGAACAUCUUGUAGCCAGUGUUCUGUCUCCUGGACACGAUAAAAAAAAUAACUCCUCUAUUACCUCUGGAGCGCCAUUCAAAUGAUGUUUAAGACCCUGCAUGUGGAAUGAGCAGAUUUAAAAAGUGAAAAUGAUAGAAAUCUAGUUUCUAUUAAAUCCAAUGCUGGUCAUUUACAAGGGUAGAAUUGCAUACCUUCCAACAUUUUACACUGACAAAAGUGACCCUCUUCAUUUUAAGGGUAUGGUUAGGGCGAGCGGUUUAGAAAAACUUUAGGUUACUUAAAGGGACACUGUACUCACCAAAGCAACAUUAGCUUAAAGGGAUCCUAUCAGGGCCGAUCCUGGGGUCACUGACGCCUGGGUGCAAGAAUGUGUCAGAAUAGCUUAAUAGUGCCAUUUUUGUGCCCAAAUCGCUGACCACUUUCAUUGUUGUCCCAAAAUUGCUAAUCAGUUACUUUAUUUUUUCCAAACCGCUUACCAGUGCCAUCUUGUACUCAGAGAGCUUGUCUGCUGGUAGUGUUUUUGUAUGAACUGUGUGUAAGCUGGGUGUAUUUUGCACUGAGUCAGUGUAUUUGUAAUGCAGAAAUGUAUUUUCAGAUGUGUGUGUGUGUAUUCAAAUGAAUAUUUGUGUAUAAUAUUAAAGUUUACAGAUGCAGUUAUUGAAUAUUUGUAUGAAUUGUGUUAGUAAGUGUAAGAAUGUAUUUGUAAGGUGUUUGUAUGUACGAGUGUCCUUCACUGGACGUCACUGUGUGUGCAUGCAUUGUUUUCAGCUGUAUUUUUUUUAUUUUUUUAUUUCGUUGGCGUUGUAUGUGGACUAGGGACUUCAGCCCAAAAAUACAUUUGAUAACCCCUCCUAUAGUUGACAUUAAGCUUGCCCCAAUAAUCCACCUCAGCUGUACCAUAAAAAAUAAAUAAAAUGAUGAAAUGCUGCUGCCCCUCCUCACCACAAGCAUGCACACCAAAACAAAACCACAUCCAUUAUGCUAUGCAGUGUGUGUGUGUGUGUGUGUGUGUGUGUGUCUGUGUAUGUGCUGGGGACGCAGUGUGUGUUUUUGUGGGAUUGUCCCUCCUAAAUUGAGACAAUUUGGAGGGGUAUCAGUUGACAGUGGCAAGUGAGAUUAAACAUUUUGCUGUAUAUUACUGCACUUUUUAACACUGUUAAAGGACCACUAUAGUGCCAGGAAAACUUGUUUUCCUGGCACUAUAGGGUCAUUAGGUGCCCCCUCCCACUGGGCUGAAGGAGUUAAAACCCCUCAAUGCUUUCCUAUGGACGUCCAGCGUCUUCUCACUGUGAUUUUCACAGUAAGAAUCAUGGAAGCGCCUCUAGUGGCUGUCAGUGAGACAGCCACUAGAGGCUGGAUUAACCCUCAGUGAAACAUAGCAGUUUCUCUGAAACCAUGUUUUCAGCUGCAGGAUUAAAACUAGAGGGACCUCGCACCCAGACCACUUAAUUGAGCUGAAGUGGUCUGGGUGCCUAUAGUGGUCCUUUAAAUAUUACCUAGUCAGUUGUGCCAAAAUCACUUGCCAAUGUGAUUUUUCCAGUUGCUGGCUUAAAGCCUGCUGAGCUGUAUACUUUAAGACUUCUAAUGGCUUGUGCAGUACUUUCUGCCAUUGAAUGAGUUAAUGCAGAUAUGUUAGAGCUUGCCAUAUAGGAAUUUUUCUAUUGUGGUUACUGAUAAGUAAAUGCUGCAUACAAAGUCAAACUGUAUGGCUUUAAUUCUAGGGAAGCAAUGGGUAAACUUUGACUUCUAGUAUUUGCAACUCUUAUGAGUAACAGACUGCAUUUGAAUACAUAUGCAGUAUUACAGUUCAGUGACUGUAGAUCUACCAAAUAACUGCCAGUGAGUGUACAAAGGCAUCAUGAGCAAACCCUUACAGUAAGAGCAGGGAUGUCAAACCCAUUUAUUUUGGAGGGCCAAAUUGUCCUCUGUAAUAGUUGUGGAGGGCCAAAUGCAUAACAUUUUUAUAUAUACACAUAUGCACAAACAAGGAAAAAGCAGGUACAAAGAACAAUUAAAUGUGAUGUCAUAAAUGUAUAUUACAACAAUAAAAAAUGUGUAUUUGUGUGCAGUGUUGGCAUUUGAAUGCACUUGUUUUUAUGUACUAUUAGUUUGAAUGCAGGACUGUGUUUGUGUUUAGUGUUGAUACUGAAAUGCAAGGGUGUAUCUGUGCACAGUAUUGGCAAAUGCAGGACUGUUUGUGUGUGCAUUUGAAUGCAGGGAUGUGUUUGUCUGUAGGUUGCAGGGUAUUUUUAUGUUGUAGAUAUUGGUGCGGUGUAAGUGACAAGGACCUACACCUAUAAGUGGAGCGCUCAAACACAGAUAAAUCUUACCAAAACGUAGUCUCAUUCAAUGGUAAAAUAUGGGGUACAUGUCAAAAUAAAAUACAGAAAAUACAAUAUAGUGUAGAUGGUACUAAAAAAUGGCUUCACAGUGAUUAUAAUAAUAUUGUGUUGAAUAUUACACUCACAUUUCAAGGAGCCUGUAUAUAGAAAACACUGGCUCCGUAUAAAGGCUUGUGUGCUGUUAUGGUAGCACCACCCUCCUACUUCGGCUUGAAGAAUUUCUCGAGAACACGAAAAAAGAGAAGAAAGCAAACCGAUGUGUAGACUUCUGGUGAUAAAUGACACAGAUAUGUGUUCAAUAAAUGGGGUGCUCACCUGGUCCUGAGCCUACGAAUCCCGGCUCUAGGUAUGUGGAUUUUGUGCCAAUUUGAAUGGGGAUGGCACUACCCCUGUGAGGAUUCCUUGGAGGCUCCAAAAAGAACUUGGAUGAGGUAUUAAAUGAAAAUGGUAAAUUUAUUACUUUAAAAUAAACAUAAAAACAAAGAUGAUAAAAGUCCUCAAAUAAAAGUCCUUUAAAAAUGGCCAAUACGCGUUUCACUCUCAAAUAGAGCUUCUUCAGUCAGCUGUAAUGUUGGUCCUCUGAAUCCUCCAGGAUUGAAGAAGCUCUAUUUGAGAGUGAAACGCGUAUUGGCCAUUUUUAAAGGACUUUUAUUUGAGGACUUUUAUCAUCUUUGUUUUUAUGUUUAUUUUAAAGUAAUAAAUUUACCAUUUUCAUUUAAUACCUCAUCCAAGUUCUUUUUGGAGCCUCCAAGGAAUCCUCACAGGGGUAGUGCCAUCCCCAUUCAAAUUGGCACAAAAUCCACAUACCUAGAGCCGGGAUUCGUAGGCUCAGGACCAGGUGAGCACCCCAUUUAUUGAACACAUAUCUGUCAUUUAUCACCAGAAGUCUACACAUCGGUUUGCUUUCUUCUCUUUUUUUCGUGUUCUCGAGAAAUUCUUCAAGCCGAAGUAGGAGGGUGGUGCUACCAUAACAGCACACAAGCCUUUAUACGGAGCCAGUGUUUUCUAUAUACAGGCUCCUUGAAAUGUGAGUGUAAUAUUCAACACAAUAUUAUUAUAAUCACUGUGAAGCCAUUUUUUAGUACCAUCUACACUAUAUUGUAUUUUCUGUAUUUUAUUUUGACAUGUACCCCAUAUUUUACCAUUGAAUGAGACUACGUUUUGGUAAGAUUUAUCUGUGUUUGAGCGCUCCACUUAUAGGUGUAGGUCCUUGUCACUUACACCGCACCAAUAUCUACUAAAUUUAUUCAGUGGAAUAGAGGAUAUUUCCACACUAGUGUAUUGAGCUGCCUGUAAAUCACUUUUUGACUCUUUUUUUUUGUGCACUUUUGUUAUACACACUCCUCUGUAAACAGAGGCAACCUUUGAUUGGUAUUUUUAUGUUGUGUUGGCACUUGAAUGCAGGGCUGUGUUUGAAUGCAGUGGCAUAUUUGUGUGUGUGUGUGUGUGUGUGUGUGUGUGUGUGUUGUUGGCGUUUGCUGGAAUAUAUCCCCUGCUACACUCGCAGACAAGCAUACUGACACACAUGCCCCCCACCUCCCAGGGACACGUGUACAUAUAUAGAUACAUGCACACAGGUACAAUUAACAUAGUAUUAACCAUCUUCCUUUUUCCUUAACAUUGGAUGCAGGAGGGUUGCUUUACUGGGGUCCAGUGGGAGGUGGCUGGCCAAGGCUGAUGGGAGUAGGAGGUUCCAGGUUUUGCACCUGUGUGUGCGCUCUCGGCAAGCUGGGAGGAAGUGAACUAAACUCGCUUCCUCCUGGCAUGCUGCGGGCUAAGGUGUAGUGAAUAGUGUCUGAGUAUGUGCUGGGGAUGCAGUGUGUGUCUGUGUCAGGGAUCUGGUCCGGUGUGUCUUAAAGGGCUAUGUGGGCCGCUGCUGUAUGUUUGACAGCCCUGCUGUAGUCUAGAGAAAUGAUAAACCGUAACACUUUGCUCUUUAGCUGUUGUGGAGUAACUUUCCCAUAAAAUUUGGUAUACAAUAAUUACUCUAGACUCUACAUCAGGGCUUUUACUUGUAAACAUCCUCCUUAUACGUGUUGUCUGGUUAGUGUAGUUUGCGUGCAACAUGCAUUUCUCUCAUGGAGGCUGUACAAAGGACUUUUACUGAAAACCCACAUCAAGUAGAGAUUGCCAGUUAAGUGAAAUCACAGGAUCAGCAUAAACCAGGGAUCUUGUGGGUCAGUCACAGAAACAAACCCUAAGCCAAGAAGGCCGUUGACAAUGAUUCUGAUUUUGUUCGGAGGGCUAUAUAGCUCAGACGAGCAAGGAAGUGGUUAACGGUGGGUCUGAUGACUGCAUGUUUAUUGCAAUCCCUUUAAUCCGUGGCAGCAUGCAAGAACUUAUUAAAGCAACCAUAGUCUCGACAUACUUAUUCCUCUUCAUGAAGAAUCAAAUUGCGCCCUAAAACAAAACCAUUAUUUCUCUAAGCAUUACAUUUGGUUGGCCAACUGCUUGAUUUGUAUUUUUUUUUUUUUUUUUACACAAAUGCUAUUGAAGAGAAGUCCAGUUAAUUGAGGAAUAAUCACAAAUGUACUGCCUUGAUUAACAAUUUUCUUCCUGUAGCCGUUGUAUUCUGCAAACUGUAGGACACUUUUCACGUGUCCAUAAACAUGAAGAAAUUAUGAGUCUCCAGAAAAUAUGCUGGAUCUGGAAACCCGAGGAAAAAAAAGCACUUCUUGAGACCACUUUGUUUUCAACAAUAGUGACGAUAAUAAUUAUUUUGCAGGGAGGGGGAUAUUGUCUCCUAUUGCAGAAUGCUCUACAGCAGCUGCUGUAAAUCUGAGACCUGCACGAUCAGUAGCAUGCAUUGAUAAUGCUAACAUUAACCACUUAUUGUAUAACUAACAGCUUUGCAUUUGUACUUUGUCAGAUGGAACUGUAAGGGUUAUAUGUGAUUUCUUAGCACAGUGAUAGUCAACGUAGCGACCCACUAGUGGGCGGUUUGGGAUUUCAAGUGGGCAGUGGUGGGUUCUGCAGAAAACGCCCAGUUGGCCUCGAUGGCCAUGGACCAAGACCGACAGGGGAGAUCCUUUCAUCUCCCCUGCAGGCCCAUUCAGAGCCAGCUUUGCUGUAAGCCCUCUCGGGCUGGUAAGAUCUCCCUUACCAUUCCGCUGGCACUUAGUUCCAGCAGAGGGAGGGAAGGGCCUGGGAGGCUUUGUGUUGGAGCGUUGCCACACAUUACAAUACAGUGCUGUGUUUGCAGGAGAACAUGAGGGUUAGCCUGCAGCUAGACGAGCUGCAGGCUAAAAUGAAAAUGCCACCAUUGGACCACCAGGGCUUGCAGCAUUUUGUCCUCCCUCCCCCCCCACAGUAAGAAGAAAGGAGGUGGAGACAUUAAAGGACCACUAUAGUGCCCUGAGGGUGCCCCCACCCUCAGGGUCCCCCUCCCGCCCGGCUCUGGAAGGGGGAAAGGGGUUUAAACUUAUCUUUUUCCAGCGCUGGACGGAGAGCUCUCCUCAUUCUCUCCUCCUCCGUUCCGCCCCGUCGGCUAAAUGCGCACGCGCGGCAAGAGCUGCGUGCGCAUUCAGCCGGUCGCAUAGGAAAGCAUUUACAAUGCUUUCCUAUGGACGCUGGCGUGCUCUCACUGUGAAAAUCACGGUGAGAAGCACGCAAGCGCCUCUAGUGGCUGUCAAUGAGACAGCCACUAGAGGAUUAGGGGGAAGGCUUAACCCAUUAAUAAACAUAGCAGUUUCUCUGAAACUGCUAUGUUUAUUAAAAAAUGGGUUAACCCUAGCUGGACCUGGCACCCAGACCACUUCAUUAAGCUGAAGUGGUCUGGGUGCCUAGAGUGGUCCUUUAAGAUAGAUUUUUCACAUCUCACCCACCAACACACAGCAAAGACCCUAUGCACCCUACACACACACAGCCUUUCCGCUCACCCACAGCAUCUCUUCAUAAACACAGAGCACCCUUCACACACACACACACCACCUCACAGACACACAUAUUAAAAAGGAAAAAAAAAACUCCUUUCUAAAAAAUAAAUAAAUAUCGCACUUGUGCUAUAAAAUUAGUUUCUUGCGGCACUGGUGGGCAGUAAGGAAAUUUUACCAUCAACAAAGAUACAAAAGUGGGAGGUAGGUAUUAAAAGGUUGACUACCUCUGUCUUAGCAUAUGAAUUAUAGCUUGCUGUAAAUUUCUUUGCUUACAACAAUUUGUAUAAACUGGACAGUAGUUGAGAUCAGUUGGAUUCCUAUUUACAUAAUGUGUCUAAGAAUUGUUGUCAUGAGAGAGAUUAUGGGAAUUAUUACUCGCAUGAUAAAACUGGUCUGAGACUGCUGAUUUGUUGUAGAAUAUGUGCUAAUUCGUGCGUGUUAAUUUUUUAUUUUGGUUAAGGUGCUUGAAGGAAGAACCACCAUAACAACUAAAGCUUGUUCUAGUGGUAGGAGUGAUUACACCAGUGUUCAGAUUCAAAGUUUUUUUCCCCCCAACAAUUUGACUUCCUACUUUGGGUCUGGUGGGUGCCGCUUUCCAUCUUUAUUACUGAUGAUGGAUGCCAAAAGCUCCCUGUUUGAACUAUGUCUUUAAUACAGGGCAUUCCUCAUUAGCUGAUGGUCUUGGCCAAUGAGCUAGUCCGCCAUUGCAGGGCUUACCUCAUGACUGCUAACGGGAGUUCCUGCUUAGGAGCUGCGGGCCCUCCAUAUUGAGUAGUGGAGGCAGGAAGUGGCACUUAGACCCCCAAAUAAAAAGUCAAACUAUUCUAAAAUGGCUUGACUCCUUACAAUGAUGACGACUCCAGGCACAAUAUAUGUAUCCCUAACACUAUAAUACACCAUUAAGUAUUUUUAAGCAAAAUGCAGGUUGGGCACUUUUUUCUCAGAUCUAUUGAGACAGGACAGUCAGGAUCAGGUGAGUGUUUUAACUGGCAAAUCUGUGUAUCCCUAAUGCCCUUUCUCUAACAGCUAGGUUCAGCAUUGAACCCACAGUUGUGCAAUAACCAAGCCAACAGCAUAGACUCCAGUCAGAGGCUCAGUCAUUGACAUCUUGAAGAAAGCAAGAAGAAAAAAAAAAGUAUGAAUCAUUGCUUUCAAAAGUUACAUUAAAGGAUCACUAUAGUGCCAGGAAAACAAACCUGUUUUCCUGACACUGUCAUCCUUGGGGGCACUCACCCUCAGUGUCCCCCCUCCCGUGGCGCUGAAGGGGUUAAAACCCCUUCAGCAACUUUACCUUAAUCCAGCUCCGGGCACCUCUCCUCCCCUGCCGACAUCAGCCCCCGAGUGUAGUGGAAUGCGCAUGCGUGGCAAGAGCCGCACGCGCAUUCUCAAUGCUUUCCUAUGGACGUUCUGCACGCUGGAUGCGAAUUUCGCAUCCAGCGUCGCAGAAGCGCCUCUAGCAAGAAGACAGCCAUUAGAGGCUGAAUUAACCCUGCUAUGUAAACAUAGCAGUUUCUUUGAAACUGCUAUGUUUACAUCUAAAGGGUUAAAACCUGGGGGACCUGGUACCCAGACCACUUCAUUGAGCUGAAGUGGUCUGGGUGACUAGUGUCCCUUUAACGUGGUAUAUUAAUGUUAGAGGAGUAGUUUUGUAGUAACUUAAAACCUGUACUUUGUACUCCCAGGUCGGUGUGGACUCAUAGGCUUUACCAUUUCUGCCUAUUAAUGAGUCAGCCAAACAUAUUGUAUAUUUCAUUUAUGAAAUAAAGUGUGUGUGUUAAACAUAGGAAGCUGGGCAUGAGAAGUUCUACCAGCCACCAAAGCACUAUGUAAGGACCCACUGUCCAUGGACAAGGGAUACACAGGAAACAAAAUAGGCGCAAAUCAAAUGUAGAGAGUUAUUAUUAGAUGGGGUCACACAUGCAGUGUUUCAUCCUAGUGGUCUUAAUCAUGUCUUCUUUUUUACUGUAGCCUGUUAUAAAACAUGUUUGGAAAAUUCAGGUGGAGGACGUUUGUUGGUAUAUUCUACAUUUUAAUAGGAUAUAUCUUAAAGGAACACAAUAGUCACCAGAACAACUACAGCUUAUAGUAUUUGUUCUGGUGAUUAUAAUCCUUCCCUUCAGGCUUUUUGCCAUAAAAACUUUUUUUUCAGCCUAGGGAUAAUUCCACUGGCCACUCGGAUGGAUACUAGAGCUGCUUCGUGGGUCAUCGCUGCACACUGUGCAGCAGUGCCAUUCGGUGUCUCCAAAAUGCUGCAUGGAGACACUGAACUUUCCUCAUUGACUUAUUGCUUCUCUAUGAGGAGAUGCUGAUUGGCCUGGGCUGUGUUUGGCUUGUGCUGGCUCUGCCCCUGAUCUGUCUCCUUGAUAAGCUCGUGCCAAUCCAAUGCUUUCCUAUGUGAAAGCAUUGUGAUUGGCUCAGAUCACAGAUUCUGAUGUCAACCAAGCAGGCUGAUCAGGAGCAGAGCCAGCAGCAGCAGGCUGGAGUAAAGGUAAGAUACUAUAUUUAGGGAGGGGGCAGGAGGGGGGCUAGAUGGUGUUUUUAACACUAAAGGGUCAGGAAUACAUGUUCAUGACCCUAUAGUGUUCCUUUAACUUGUAAAGGACCCUUAAUGGACAAUUUCAUUACUAAAGAAAUUAAAGGACCACCCUGGCACCUUAAGAAAUUAGUUUGAAUUAGCUAUGGUUUAAGGAGGUCCCAACAGACGUUCUGUGUGUCUUUUUGCAGACAGAGCCUACAAGGCGAAUCAUGUGUCUACCGUUCCUUUACUUUACCAUCCCUGCCUCUCUAUGCCCUGCAGUAUUUUUGUUAUUUAUUUUUAAAGCUGCCUCCUCCCUACCUGUCUCCUUCCCACUCCCUCGCUGGCUCAGAUUGCGAAUGUGCUCUGAGCUAUCUAAAUGGUCAAUUCAAAGGUUCUCUAUAUGCUGCCUUGAAUCGAUCAAUAUGCAAGAGUAGAGAAACAUUGCUUUUUGGCUUUUCCUCACUUCCAAUGCAAUGUAUGCCCUGGUUGUACCAGGUAAGAACGGAAUUGUUUUAAAUAAAUACAAAGCAUAACAUGUAAAAGGUUAACAGACAUUACAGGUGAUUUUCAAUCUUUUAUUCUUUUCACAGAAGUGUUUACAUUUCUUUAGAAGUGGGCAGUGCCAUUACCUCUGUGUUUAUAAACCUAAACCGCUUGAAUUCACCCUUUAAAGGUGACACUUGCGGACUAAGCUAGUAUUGCCAUUGUUCAAACUCAAAUGCUGUAACUUGUAAUUCUGAAAUCAAAAUAUUCCACAAAUUAUGCAGGUUAAGGAUGUAUAGAUUAAUUGAUAUAGUAGUACUCCACUGCCCAAAUAAAGAUGAAUCCCUGUCUAAUAUACAUACCCUAAUUAAAACAUGCAUGCAUUUAUUUAUGCAAUUUUUUUCAUUGCAGUACAUCUAAAAACAGUUUGCAAAAGUUGCAGAUCUCUUGUCUACAGCCAUUGCAAGCUCUUCCUUUCUUCCCCAGGCCAGACUUACUGUGGAUGUACAACCACUGACUUUCCAAUGCAACUGAAUGUGAAGUCUUGCAAGGUGUUCUGGGCAGUUGUCGCAUUUUGAAUUUAGCACCACUGAGUUUAAUUACCAGGAAGUAAUAGAACCUGGUGUCUGCUUGACAUUCAGAGAGGUGUAAUGAGGUUAAUUUAUAAAGUGUCAAUUUCAGUUUAAAUCUGCACUAUUUAUAAAAUUACUAGAAGAGGACACAUUUAUCACACAAAACGCACUUCAGCUAGCUAAAGUAUUUUACGCGUCUCUGGAGUGUCCCUUUAAGAAGUUACUGCACCUGGUAUGCCAAUGUCUAUUUCCCACUGAAUCCCUUCGAGACAGCAGACGUUCCCAAACAUACAGCCUCCCAUGAGAGACCUGGACCAGACAGCAUCACACAUGGGAUUUCCAUUACUUCAAUGCUUGUUAUUUCUCCCAUACUAAAUGAUUAAGUGUUUAACCCAAUUUCUUAGAAAAUUCAUAGCAAGAUUUCUGUAUUAAUGUUGUCUAUCUUCUACAGUUUUAGAAAAGUAAUUCUAUUGAUAUAAACCGUAUCUCAAAUUACACAUCAUCUUUGUCUAGUUUCCUCCCAAUCCUUCGUCUUUUUGUCUUUCCAGGGGGAACAAUCUUGUUACAUAAUUUGAGUCCUGGUGUUUAAUUGGUUAUGUCGUGUUGGCUUGGUGACCUUUCGUUAUAGAAUACCUUCCAAUGCUACUCAGUAACCGCUCUGAAUUAAAUGCUUCUCAUAGUGAAGCAUUAUAUACAUUUGGAGUUACUGUGCGUGUGUGAUGAAGCCUAAUGUGAAGAUAUCCUGAAAUCUACUGAAAGCCACUAGAGGAGUGUUCUAGACAAAAUGCAAAUAUUUCUGAACAAUAGCAGAUUUUAAAAAUAUAAAUUAGGGGUUUUGACCUUAGUGUCCGUUGAAUGCAAUCUGAAUGACUGCCUUACUAACUGAAUUGCAAUAUUUCAGAGUAGCUGGCCUUUCUAUUUGCUAUUGUGAGUUAUUAUAUUAUUGUGAAUCUAUUGAUUUGUUUAAAACUGGCACAAAAUUAACACAUUCAUUACUGUUUUCUUCUUAACAUUUUCUGAUGGCUCUUUCCACGCAAUUACUUAUAGGAUCAUGUAAAGAUUGGAGUAGUUAACUUGCAGAGAACACAAAAUAGAGGUAUAGCUGUAUCCUGCUUAUUGAGGCAGACCACACAUUUCUGUGAUAUCUGUCAAGGACAAAGGCAGCAGGCCCCCUAUCUUUCCAUGAUGCAAGCAGUAAAAAGACAAAUUCAUUAUUAUAAUACAGCUAGUGGUGAUCGGGUCAUUUUCAAACCCUUUUGUCUGUAGGAAUAGAGCAGUUUGUUCUGUUGCAUCUUGGCAUCUGCUGUGUUCAAAGUGUCAAAUCCUGGCUACAUCUGCUUGUAAAAAUGUAACUUUCCUCGAUGCCAGGUCUGUGAUGUCUGGUGCACAAAUCUCUUCAUUAAAUCAUCCCAGUCCCUUUUUGACAUAAAAUCUCUUGGAAAUACUUAUGCUGACCGUAUUGUAGUUUCAUUAAAAGAGAGAGUACAUCCGUGACUCACGCUCCUGGAGGGGGAAGUGGCAGGGGCUGAAGACCGAACCAAACUGAAAAAUGGCAGUGUCCAUGAAUCUUGGGUAAGUAUAUCUUCAUUAGCUUCUUCCUGAGGCCCCAUGCACUCUGGGCAGGCAUGACUCCUCUGGGAGUUUUGCAAAAUCUGUAAGGACCCUAACAGUGACAUGGUUGGUUAAUUAGGUAUUUAUUUGGGGUCCAAAUAUGAGCCAUUAUCCCCUAAUUUAAAUAUUGCAAGUAUGGUUUUAGCUACAAAAAAAACAAGAAUGAAUAUUUUAUAUUUGUAAUCUUAUUUAAUAAGGUGCGCUCAAAACUCUGUAGCAGGCUUUCACCACAAGAGGUGCCCUAUUUGGUGCAGUCUUAUCUAUGGGGAAUUAGUGCUUUAUGGACGUCGGUUUGAGGACUUGUUUGGUCAGCUCCAGCCAGGCGUAUAGGAACCAUUGGCUUAGAGACCUGUAGACUUUGUCAUAUUUAGUUUGAGGUUCCUGAAUAUCAGAGCCAUUGUCCCCUUGUUCAGCCAGGGAUCCAUUAUCCUAUUAAGACACAUCGCAAGCACAUCGCAAGCACAGUAGGCAAAGAUGGCAAAUGGCAAAAUGUCUUAUUUGUGGCUGGCUUGCCCUGACCAUAUACCCUUUAGUCUUCUGUUCUAUGGGUGGGAUCAGAUAAUUUAAAAUAUAAAAUUUAAAUUGGAUUAUCAGAUUUAAAGAAAAAAAAAUCUACUUUAAUUACCCUGUAAUUAUUUCAUAACCAGAAUUACUGCUGUAGCAGAACAAUUUCACUCCCAGUCUGUUGCUUUGGUUGUGGCACACAUAUGGCUGGUUUCUUCCCCUGGCCAAUUGUAAGAAGGCAGGAAGUAUAAAACCAAGUGUAUCUUCUUUUUUUUUUACAUUGCAAAGGCAGCAACAAGAUUUUAAGGAACACUCCAAGCAUCAUCAGCAAACCAAAGUGGAGUGAGCCAACUGAAAGGGUCAGGAAUUUCCAGCUCUCAAGUGUUGGUAAUGAAAGAGGAAGCUGCUCCUGGCAGACCCCAGGUACAAAGUCAAACCUUUUAAAAACUGUACGCUUAAAGGGACACUAUAGUGACCAGAACAACUGCAGAUUCAUGUAGUUUUUCUAGUGUCUAUAUCCUGGCUCUGCAGGCAUUUUAAUGUAAACACUGUUUUUUCAGAGACAUUAGGCCCUCCCCAUAGCAAAGUCUUGCUGCAGAGCAUGAGGACGUCCAGUGUCAGUUUAGUGACUAAAGUCGCUUAGCAAGCAGGGAGUGCCUCUAGUGGCUGUCGGAUUGAUUCAGUGCAUCUCCUAUGAGGAGAUGCUUAUUGGCCAGGGAGGUGUUUGACUCUGCCUCCUUGGCUGAGAUCAGAAUUGAUGAUCUCAGCCAAUCCAUUGUUUUCCAUAGGAGGCUGACCUAAUCAAUUCUGAUUAUGUCAGUUAAGGAGGCGGAUCAGGGCAGGGAAUAAAGGUAAGUUUUAACUACUUUAACCCCUUAAGGACCAAACCUCUGGAAUAAAAGGGAAUCAUGACAUGUCACACAUGUCAUGUGUCCUUAAGGGGUUAAGAAGGCUAUGGGUGAGAGGGGGACAGGGACCUAAAUAGUGUUUUAACACUAUAGUGUCAGGAAUAUACAUUUUUGUUCCUUUAAAUUGCUAAAUGUAAAAAUCUUCAUGUGAAUUUAUAAUUGCUUCAAUGCUUACCGUGUUUUAUCAUGUGAAGCCACUCCAGGUUUUCUUCAUAUGCAUUUCCUUAUUCAAGCUGAAAAUGUUCCUUUAUUAAAGGACCACUCUAGGCACCCAGACCACUUCAGCUUAAUGAAGUGGUCUGGGUGCCAGGUCCUUCUAGGGUUAACCCAUUUCUUCAUAAUUAUAGCAGUUUCAGAGAAACUGCUAUAAUUAUGAAUGGGUUAAGCCUUCCCCCUAAUCCUCUAGUGGCUGUCUCAUUGACAGCCACUAGAGGCGCUUGCGUGCUUCUCACUGUGAUUUUCACAGUGAGAGCACGCAGCGUCCAUAGGAAAGCAUUGUAAAUGCUUUCCUAUGCGACGGGCUGAAUGCGCGCGCAGCUCUUGCCGCGCGUGCGCAUUCAGCCAGCGGGGAGGGGAGGAGGAGCUCUCCGCCCAGCGCUGGAAAAGGUAAGUUAUUACCCCUUUCCCCUUUCCAGAGCUGGGCGGGAGGGGGUCCCUGAGGGUGGGGGCACCCUCAGGGCACUAUAGUGCCAGGAAAACGAGUAUGUUUUCCUGGCACUAUAGUGGUCCUUUAAUCUGUCAUUUUCUGGAAGAGAUAUGUUAAUCUUACUAAACGCCUUUAAGAAUAAUGCAACACUUUGUACAUCUGAUGCUCUGAAGUAUUGCAUAGGCUUUCUAAGUUUUAUAGAUCACUGUGUGACAUUUAAAAUCUCUUCUUCUAAUAAAGUCCUGGUCAGGGUUAUAAUACAUUCCUCACAAUACAAAGACAUUUUGUGUUGCAACACAUUCAAACUCUGAAUCGCUCACGCAUUGCACAUAUGGCUUGCAUUGCCAUUUCGUGUGUGAGCAUUUCAGAGAAGGCCACCUCUUCACACUCCUCUUCACCCAACUCUCUCCCACUGAGCAUUUGUAUGGAAUUCCGCAAGAAGGUAAAAUAUGCCUAGCAUGCAACAGAAACCAUAGACAGCAUAACAGAAAUGCAAAUGGCGCUACAUCUUACUGGUUAAAGGGUUACUUUAUUCCACAAUACAUUAAGGGUGUCAGCUGCUGCUUUCCAGUUUUAAGACUACAACUCCAAUCAUUGCCUGAUAGCUGUAGGCAGUGAUUUGGAUGAAUGUCAGAAUUGUCACAUCACACGUGAAAAUUUUCACUAAUUUGUCAAUUCUGGCACAAGUUCUGAGAGGUGACAAGGGAAUUGUAAAUUUUAAGGCUGAAUUAUCACGGUUGGGGAAAAGCUCUUUACCUACACAGUUUUGACCUUCAUCUAGUUUUCAUAGAACAUGCCAGCUGAUGUUGACCCAUAAUACUUGUGUCAGACUAUAGUCCCCUAGAUAAGUGGGCCCCAACCAUCAAUACCCCAUGGCAGUCAAUUUCCACAAAUUGUACCACUCUUAUUCACAGUUUGUUUUUAAUAUAGUUGCAGUUUUUUCAAAUGUAUAAAUUUUUCUGUCUGCUCCUCCACUGCUCCGGGCUCUCCCUGCUUCUUUCUUCUGCCCCUGGCUCCCCUGCACGUCCUCUGCACUAGUCUUUCCCUGCUCCUCCUCAUACCACAGACUCUCUCUGUUGUCCCUGUUGCUCCUCAUUCCACAGGCUCUCACUGCUCCUUCUCAUACCCCUGACUCUCCCUAAUCCUUCUUCCUCUGCCCAAGGCUCUCUCUAUUCCUCCUCCUUUGCCCCCAGGCUGUCCCUGCACUGGCUCUGCACUGAAUUUCCCUUCAUCUCAUACCCCAGGCUCUCCCUGCUCCUCCUCUGCCCAGUGCUCUCCCUGCUCCUCCUCUGCCCAGUGCUCUCCCUGCUCCUCCUCUGCCCAAUGCUCUCCCUGCUCCUCCUCAGCCCAAUGCUCUCCCCUUCUCUUCCUCUGCCCAAUGCUCUCCCCUGCGCCUCAUUUGCCCAAGGCUCCUCCCCCUGCGCCUCAUUUGCCCAAGGCUCCUCCCCCUGCGCCUCAUUUGCCCAAGGCUCCUCCCCCUGCGCCUCAUUUGCCCAAGGCUCCUCCCCUGCGCCUCAUUUGCCCAAGGCUCCUCCCCUGCGCCUCAUUUGCCCAAGGCUCCUCCCCUGCGCCUCAUUUGCCCAAGGCUCCUCCCCUGCGCCUCAUUUGCCCAAGGCUCCUCCCCCUGCGCCUCAUUUGCCCAUGGCUCCUCCCCCUGCGCCUCAUUUGCCCAUGGCUCCUCCCCCUGCGCCUCAUUUGCCCAUGGCUCCUCCCCCUGCGCCUCCUUUGCCCAUGGCUCCUCCCCCUGCGCCUCCUUUGCCCAUGGCUCCACUCCCCCCUGCGCCUCCUUUGCCCUUGGCUCCUCCCCUGUAGCCUCUCCUUUGCCCGCCCAGGCUCUUCCCCUCGCCUCCUUUGCCCUUCAGGCUCUUCCCCUCGCCUCCCUUUGCCUUGGCUCCUCCCCCUGCGCCUCCUUUGCCCAUGGCUCCUCCCCCUGCGCCUCCUUUGCCCAUGGCUCCUCCCCCUGCGCCUCCUUUGCCCAUGGCUCUUCCCCCUGCGCCUCCUUUGCCCAUGGCUCUUCCCCCUGCGCCUCCUUUGUCUGUCCAAGGCUCCUCCCCCUGCUCCUCGUCCUUUUACCUCCUCAUAUCCCAGACUUUCCUGAUCCUCGUGGGAGGUGGCAGUGUUACCACUUGAAGCAGUGACAUUGUGGGGCAGUGUGGGACAGUGAUAUUGUGGUGGAGGGGCUGUGUGACAGUGUGUGUUGGGAGGGGGCAGUGUGACUGUGACAUUGUGGUGGAGGGGGCAGUGUUUCAGUGUGUGUUGGCAGGGGACAGUAUGACCGUGACAUUGUGGUGGAGGGGGCAGUGUUUCAGUGUGUGUGUUGGCAGGGGACAGUAUGACCGUGACAUUGUGGUGGAGGGGGCAGUAUGACAGUUUGGAUCAGUGACAGUGUGGGAGAUCCCUUACCUUUCUGGGAUCCCACCAUGUGGAGAUCUCCUCUGUCUUCACGUGAGACCGGGGCAGAGCCACUUGACGAGGUGGCAAAGUCAUGCAAAUAGGGGACGGGGCUACAUCGCGAGUAGUUGGCAAGCCGUGAAUACGGCAGCAUAACACUAGAUGGAACAUUUAUGUCUCCAUCUGACUUUCAUCAUGUCGUGCACAUCGGGUACAUGCCCUGAAUCAGCCCUGCGGAAGUAAAUUCCACCAUUGCACAAUAUUUUUCGCAUACUCACAGGGGAGCUGAAUUGUACCCCUGAGGGUAUGCGUACCACAGGUUGGGAACCCCUGUCUUAGAAUGUUAUACCAGGACACACAUCAUUCCUUGUCAGCCAGUGACCUGCAGUGGAUGAAGGGCGUUUGACCGUCUCUAAUAUUGUAAACUACUACAGCAGUAAUGCAGACUCCUCCAUCUUUGAGUAAUGUGAUGGUCUUCAUUCAUUAAGCGGAAAGCCCGUCUUCUGGAGGGCUGCAAAUUACUUAGCAGUUUUAACUAGAAUUACACAUGGUGAUAAAAAUUUAGAAUCAGCCAAAAAAUAAAUAAAAUAAAAAAAUUCUGUUGACCGAAUGUUGUCUAGGCCGCAUUUCGACAAUGCAAACAAUCCUGUGAAAAUUAUUUGGACACAUCACUUUACUGUAUAUUUAGGAGUCAAGUGAUGGGCUCAUAUUCAUGCCCUUCUAAUUAAGCUACAAAUUCCAACCAAACAGACUGGUAUUUUCCCAUUCAAAUUCAGUCCACAUUGAUUUGUGAUUUUGAGCAUUUGGUUGCGUAUUUUAAGAGUUUAGCCAGAUCAAACACUUAAAGAGAUACUAUAGUAUUAAGGAAUACAAAUCUGUUUCUUACACUAGACAUUCCUUUGUCUCCCCCCUCCCUUGGCUGUCUCUUAACACCACAGACAUAACUCUGAAUUAUGAAUCAAGAAAACUGUCCUUGUCAUUUGUUUUGUGAUGUGUCCAUAUUACACUUUGGCAGGCAGUUUGAAUUCCGUAGCUACAAUCGGCCAAAAUUCAGAUAAAAUUAAAUUUUAACCACUUUCUUGCAAAUUACAUUAGGACAGGUAUGGUAUUAAGGGAUAAGCAAUAACCCCUUUUAAAGGAGUUAAAAACUAUGGGAGUUUAGCUAAGCAAAAGAAAAUGUUGCAGAGUCUUAUUUUCACAUCUGUUUAAUAUCAGAGAUUAGAGGUUGGACAGAUCAAAUUCAUAGACAAAUGUCUUUGGGUUUUUUUGUGGGGGGGGGGGUGUGUUUUGAGUUCUGGACUGUUUAGUAGAAAAGCAUUGUGAGUUUUGUUUCUUCCAGGUUAUGUAGUGCAAUUUCACAGUAACUUUUGUAGCUUGCUCCACAGUAUAGGGUGGUUCUAAGCUAAGUAAGUAUAUACAUAAAAGUAUACAAGUAAACACUCUAUUUUUGUUAAAUUAUUUUUAUUACGGAACUCACUGCACCCUUAUGAUGCUUCUCUCUGACCUGAUUAUUUACCAUGUGUGUUGUCAGGCUAACAAAAAGUCACAUUUUGUGAUUGGGUUUUUUUUUUUUUUAUAUACGUUUUUCAGAGUUUGAUAAACAGGGGAGGGAUUACAAAAUAAAGAAGAAACGUUAGGGGUUUCAGUCACAGUUUGUACAAUUAAAGUACAACAGUAAGCAUUUAUACACUCCAUAUUACGUCCUCUUCUUAAUAGGGUGCUGAAUAUUGUAACCUGUGUAACAGAGAGGUGAUAUGCCUAUGUUCUAUGCAGUGGAGAAGAGAUCUCUAGUUUUGCAAAAUGUAAGGCUUUUGAGUGAGCAGAAAGAGAAGUCUUAAGGAUUGUCAUCUUUUCAUUUUUAUUGCAAGCCCAGGGGGUGCGGCAGUCACUAUGUUAUGUGUACAUACAAGCUCAGGGGGGUGGGUAAGGACCACAAAGUAGACCACACACACACACACACACACACUUCUCCUAUCUCUCCCCACGCACAACCUUCAGGAACAAAGGUUUCCUUUGGUCUUGAUUCCUAUCUUCCCACAGACCGGAAUUACUCUGUCCCCACUAGACCUGGCAACUUUCAUAUAAGACCAGGUUUCUUUUUCCAUCCACACCUCACCCUAUAUCCCCCCUUCCUAUCCCCUACCCUCUUCCUCCCAUCUUCACCUCACCUCUGUACCUGGUAUGGUACAUAACCCCGAAGGUUAGAGAGCGUUGUUAACAUGGUGAAGUGAACCCAUAAAUAUUAGUGAGGUAACCAGAGGUGGCCUACCCUCUCGUUAUGUUUGAUAGGGAUGGAAGGAUAUCAAGAAAGCCAGAAUAGAGAUGAGAUAUAAAGGAUGCAGGAGGAGGUGUGGUAGGGGGGUUAGGUAGGAGAAAAUAAAAUAAAUUUUAAAAAAUUAAAUAGGGGGGAGGGGGGAUAUGGGUAUGGGAUGAGAAGGCCAUGUGGAGAAAAAGUCGGGGGAAGGGCCAGGAAGUCGGUUGUGAGCCUCUCCAUGGCCAGUUCUUGUCCGGAGUCCCCUGAGAGAACAAUUUAGGGCACUAAAGGGAAUAGCCAAGGUUGCCAGAUCUUAUGAUGUUUCAUGGAGUCAUGUAUAAGUGCGGAAAGACUGUCCAUCUUUCUGGCAUCGUUUAUUUUAUGCUUGAUUGUUUCCAGAUUUAGGAUGUCUGGGCUGCCCAACUUUUCAUCUAUCUCUCGUCUUGUGGGUAGAGCAAUUUUGGUAAUGAGUUUGUUUUGGGCCUGUGGGGUAUUCCAUGGGUUGAGUGGAAUGUCGGAGUGCAAGACUUGAGAAGUCAUUUGUGAUACUUGACGCCAGAUUUGUGCAAUGUGUUCUCAUUACCACCAGAGGUGGAUAUAGGUUCCUUUGUUCCUGCUUCAUUUCCAGCAUCGAUCUUAAUCUGUCCUCUCCGUUUGUUUUAACCGCAGGGGGGUGACAUACCACCUCAUUAGCGUUUUGUAUGCCUGUUCCUUGUGAUUCACGCAGACAGUAACCUUAGCAGUGGCUUUCCAAAUGGCUAGCCAGUCUUUGGGGUCUCCAAUAGGUCCCAGAUCCCUUUCCCAAGCCAACAUGUAGGAUAUGGUGCUGUCCUGUGAAUAGUGAGUGUAUAGAAUGUUGAUAUUGGACCCUUUUGGGUGGGGUGAUGCAUACAAGUUCUUACAAAUGUCGUUAAGGGGGUUGUGCUUAUAUUUUAUUUGUGGGGGUGCUGAGGAAGCUCUUAAUCUGAAUGUGGCGAAAAAGUCAGUUGUCAGCAGUCUGGGUCGUGGGAGAUCCGUUAAGGGGAUUAUUUGGUGGUUAGCAAAGAAGUGGUAGAAUCUAGCUAGAUCGUUGUCUUUGAAGUGCACAAAGUCUUUAGGGUGCAUGCCAGGGGCAAAUUGUGUUCCAUAGAAUUGGAGAGGUCCGAGUUGUGAGGGAUUGGAUGUUCGUUUGCAUUUAACCGCUAUUUUAUCCCAUAGUCUUAUUGAUGUGAAAAUCGCCGGGGACGUGGGGGGAAGGGGUGGUCGUGCUUACGGGAACCUACUGUCAUGGGGGGGAUGGAUUUCAAGCCACUCAAUCAGUGUGCUCUGUGUAAUUUUACACAGCGUGGGAAAGUUCUUUGGAAGAGCUGCAGAGCUCAGUCUGCGUGGAGCCCUCCAUGGGUGAAGAAGUAUUAUCAUUUUUGUGCUCUGGUUUUGUCUGUUUUGUCUUUUUUUUUUUUUGCACUCAGGUUUUUUUUAUUUUAAUUUCGACGGGUAUGAUGGUUUUUAUUUGGCCUUUUUUGGGGGCUGAAAAAUGAAGAUUUUAGAAAAAAGACGUCAAAUGGUAAGUUACAUUUUUCUUUACAGGUUAGUUAUUUUAUUCCCCCCUCACUAUUUUUUAGGAUGAGGGUGGUAGGUAGGGGGUAAAUUUUUAUUUGGGACCCCUAGUCACCUUUGAUGGGGGGUGGUGGGCAGAUUUGUCUUAGGGCCCCACCCGCCGCCCAGUGGUGGGGGCCGGGAGGGGGGAGGACAGUAGGUCCCUCCUCAUUAUCUUUAGGGCCCUCACCCGCUGCCCAGGGGUGGGGGCUGCAUAGUAGGGUUUUUUUUUUUUUUUUAAAACAGUGAGCAGGCUGCUCACUGUUUAGUAGACAUGCCCUUACGGUAUAGCGAGUAGGGGCAUUCAGGAGAUUUUAAUCUCCCUUAUGAUAUUAUGGGGGUCAUAUUGACCCCCAUAGAGUGAGGGAGGACAUGGGGGGGCUCAGGAAGUGGCGGGUAGCACAGCUCCCUGACGCUUCUGUCUUUACAUUUUACAAUGAGGGAGCUGCGUGCCAGUAGCUCCCUCCUUGUAAUAAACUGAACGAACAAACGAACAUUGAUAUUCAGUGUUUGUUUGUUCGUCUGAUAUUUCCAUUCAUUCAUUCGUCUUUCUGACGAAUGAAUGAAUAGAUGAGAUUCCCGUUCGCAUGCCCAAGUGUUUAACUGAGCAUGUGCGGGAAUCUCACAGCGCUAUCUAGUGUGGGAGAUGACGUGUCCCACAGGGACUUCAUCUAGCCACAUAAAGAUGGCGGUGCCCUGAAUAUAGAUCGGGGCAGAAAAUAAAGAUUAAAAAUAGGUAAUAUGGGGACCUUAGGGACAUUUGGGGGUGACUUAGGGGUUAAUUAGAUGUAGUGGAGUCGGGAGGGUGGUUAAAAAGAAAAACAGGUUUCGGCCAUGACAGUGCCGCUUUAAGGGUAGGGUCGGAGGGAGGUUUUAACAGAAGGGGGGAAGGAAUAAUGGAAGGGAAAAUUUUUUUAAAAAAAGGGAUGGAUGGGGUACAGAGGUGAGGUGAAGAUGGGAGGAAGAGGGUAGGUGAUAGGAAGGGGGAUAUAGGGUGAGGUGUGGAUGGAAAGAGGUACCUGGUCUUAUAUGAAAGUUGCCACGUCUAGUGGGGACAAAGUAAUUCCGGUCUGUGGGAAGAUAGGAAUCAAGACCAAAGGAAACCUUUGUUCCUGAAGGUUGUGCGUGGGGAGAGAUAGGAGAAAUGUGUGUGGUAUAAGUCUACUUUGUGGUCCUAUCCCACCCCCCUGAGCUUGCAUGUACACAUAGCGAUAAGUUAGCAUUGAAGUUAGAGCAUAUGUAUGCAGAGUUGGUCCAUGUAAAUAUAUUUCAAUGUGACGAGUGCCCUAGGGAGGCAAUGUGUGAGAGUCUGCUGGCAGGGCAAAAGAAGUUAUGGAAGGACUGAGUGUGGCCUGAUUAUAAUUUUUAACCCUAAAGAUUAAAUUGACCAGAGAUGAGGCACGUGUCGCAGUGGUUCAGUGUUUCACACCUUACACUUUUGUCACCAAGGAGGGGUCUUUUUUGUAAAUGGAAGGGUAUGGACAUAGUCCAAGGCGGUCAGUCUAGGAUUCACCUGGGUGGGUCGUCUCCCAUCCAUUACGGAGAGGCAUGAUGGGUGGAUAUUGAGAAAGUAGGAUGGGGCGUACAUUUUUAAGAAGUUCCUGUCAGUGUGGACCAUAACUACUUUGCUAUAUGAGGCUAGCGCCUGUGGAGAGUGGUAUAUAACAGGAUAAUAUACAGUUAUGCUUCCCAGGUACAGGAGUCAGGAGGAUGUGUGGUUAUUGAGACCAAUACCUGCUGGUCGCAAGAUGACCUAGAUCAGGAAGGCCUUCCCUGGUGACUCUUCACCUUGGUUGAGAGAACAGGGGUCCCAGAGGGACCGGUGGUGGGAUCUAGUCUUGUGGGUAAUAUGGAUUAGGUGGUUAGUGGGGUUGUCAGCCCUUAUUCUGGACAGAGAGGUGAGGUCAAAUUUCGGGUUAGGUUUGCAGGGGUCCUGGUGUAUAUAUUUGUGAUUGUAAUUCAUCUGAUGGCCUUUAAAUGAAGAGCCAUCUAGAGCUUCGGGGUUAUUACGUGCAUGACAUCGGUGGAGGAGUGUAGGUUUAGGACUCUUGUCCGACUACGGGCGUCUGAGGCAAACCCCAAUAUCCCUUUCAGUAUUGCACAUAUGUGCAUGUAGGGUCCUGUGAUGGGACUGGAGAUUAACGAUGUGGGGACCUGGGUGGUUUAACAAUAUUAACAAGCGUUAAACCAAGCUAAUUCAGUGUUAUUAAUAUACUUUAACCUGAUCUAGAGUCAGGAUGAGAACAGCCACCUGGGUAAGUCUUUUCAAGGUCAGAUGCCUCUUUUGAGGCUGACUAGGUGGCAGGGGUUCUUCUCCAGGCUUGGGGUUUUGUGGUCUCCAGGAGCCAGCAGAGUCAGGCAAAGGUACGUGGGGAAGGGUGAUUCCAAUGUGUGUUGCGAAGUCUGCAAUGUCGGAGAGCCUAUGGAGUAUGUAAGUUUGAUUUAUCCGUCUGCACCAUUAAUUUAAAGGAAUGUCCCCCCCCCCCCCAUGUAUUUCCAGUCCUGUUGGGCGAACGCCAUUGUGAGGGGUUUAAGUUCCCUGCUUUUUCUCAGGGUGGGUGAUGCCAAGUCCUGAAAAAAGUGAAGUGGUUGUCCUUGAAAGGUAGGGGGCCGGUCACUUGUGGCUAUCAUGAGUCUUUCCUUGAUAGGAAAAAGAAGCAGCUUAACAAUUACAUCCCUUGGAGCAGAGGAGUUGGGUGUAGGUGGGUGUAGCUCCCGAUGUGCUCUUUUUUGAUUGUAAGAUCCUGCUCUGGCCGGAGAGAUUGAAAGAUCUCCAUUACUCUUGAGAGGAUGGCUUCUGGUAGGCUCCGGGUACAAAUGUUGUCUUCGUGACCUAUUAUUGAGGUCUUCCAGCUGCAGAAUCCUGUCUUGCAUGGUGUAGAUUUGAUUGUGGGCCUUCGUUUUGUGCGUAAGGUCUGUGAUUUGGGCUUCGGCACGGGAGGUGAGGGCCUCUAUUUCUUCUUUCAGCCUGGUCAUUUUUUUUUUUUCGAGCUCGGCUGCUGUGAGCCUUUAUAUCAGCGGAGGUUUCUUUGAGUAGUUUCCAUACUUCGCCCAUUGUUAAAGGGGUCGUGGGGUCCAUGGGGCCUUCACUGUCGGACUCUGAUUCAGGUAGGCCUUGGGACAAAGAUGUCCGCCUCUGGUCUUUGGCGCGGAAUAGUUUAGCUACCUACAUGUCUUUCCGUUUUUUUAUUACCUCUCAUGGCACUGUUUGGCAUGGUAGGUUGCUACUGCUGAGACUUAGUGUGUUUUAAGCUCGGAUGUGUUCGCGUUUUGAGCUUUGAGGCUAAUGCUAAGCUUAAGGGAGUGGGAGCUCAGGAAUUACACUUCUGCUUCCAUCGGUUGUCAAGCUCCACCUCCGUCAUGACCAUAUUUCUUUUUUUAAUUCUUCUAGCAAACAUAAACUACAUUUAUAAAUUGAUGUAAAUACUGUAUCACAGUUGUGUUCUUUAAAGAUAUAGAUUUUUAUUUUGACCUAGACAAGUGAAAUAUUUCUAUAUGGUUAUGGAAGUGCUAAUCUGAGAUAAUGGGACUUUUAGCAUUUGGAAGAACCCUGGGAAGAGAUUAAUUUGCCUAAAGAGCCAGAGGAUUUAAACGGGUUAUUAUUGAAUAAUGCCUGUUCGAAUUAGUUGACAAACUGAAGGUUUUUUUUUCCCUUCUGCUUGCUUUUUGGCAAAAUAUAUACAUUUAUAGUGUUCACUACAAUUUAAUAUAGUUGUAAAAAAAAAAAAUCAGAAAUAGAAACAAGGAAUUUACUUUCAAUAACAUUUAUUUUUGCCCUUCAAUCCUCAUUAUUUUUAGAACUGUGGGAAAAAAACAAGAGUUCCAGUCUAUUACUGUAGUUUGAUCAAAUUCAGUGUUUCUCAACCUUUUUUUUUUUUUUUUUUGGACCACGAUAAAAUAUGUCCAUAAAAUAUUUAGUCAUCAAUAAUUUAUUAUAUUUACCUGUAGGAGUCUUAAUAGAAAAGUAUGCAACAUGCAUAGCACAUAAGUAUCUAAAUAAAUAGUUGUACAGAUUUUAAUUAAAGGGACAUUGCUUUAUCUCAUUGAAGUGGUUAUAGUGCCUAAUAUGUCCUGUGUGUGCAUACCUAUACUGGGGACUGCAGUCAUCCAGUUACAAAACUGAAGUCAUUGUAUUUGUGGCACAGUUUGAUAAGGCUACAACACACUGGUUAAAAGUUACUGAUCUAGAUGAUGAUUCAAAACCAUGGAUCAUUACAUAUUCUAAGAUAAAAAAUAAAUUCAUUUCUAAAUAUAGCAAAGGUACUACCCAUCUCUUUGAUCUACUUGGCUGAUAGUGGGACAUUUUAUAUAUUCCUCUUUAGCUCCUAUGUUUGUUUUUCUGUCUGUAUCCCAGUAAUGAGUUGUCUUCACUUGUACUGUAAUACAAAACAAUAUAUUCCACCACUAAUUUCCAAGUAAAAAAUCCUGUAAUACAUAGCUUAGUAAUAUAGUGGUAACUAUCUUUCCAGUAAUACCAUGAUACUAGGAAAGAUUAAAGGGAAUUUAUAGGGCUAGGAAUACAAAGUUGGCACUCUCCUGAUUCCAGUUCCAACCUUGGUCGGCGUUCCACCACCUUGAACAUCAUCUGAUGCGGGACUUAAUGUGCAUGCGCGGAUGCUAAUAUGCUUUGGAUGUCUUCGUGCAGUGCGUGAAGAAGUCCAGCGUUGUUUAAGGGACUUAGUCUGCAAAAAUGCAGCAAAGGAUUUAAACUUUCCAAGUUUUUUAAUAGGGAAAUGCUGCACAUACAGAUUUCCGGCACCAUGACCAAUUCAGAUCACUGAAAUGGUCAUGGUACUUGAAGUAAACCUUUACGACCUUAAUGGUUAAACUGGAAAUAUUCUCCAAGUUUGUGGCGGACCACCAUAUUAUCACCGCCAAGGAUUCCCUUUCCCGUAGUGGUAUAGCUCCUUGCAAACAAAGUAGUAAAUGUAGCUGGUAUAGCUUCCCCCCCCCCCCCAUACAUUAGUCGAGACUUGAUGCUGGGAGUAGAUCUGUCUUAUUCAGGCAAGGCACACAUAUUUUAUACACAGACCCCCAGCAUGUGGUCUCCAUUCAUAGACCCAUAAACCCGCCCAGGCGUCUGUGUCUGGGAGAUAAUUGAGUUGGUCACCGAUAAACCCCAAACCCCUGAAAAUAGACACAAUACAGUAACGCACCCCCAAAUGUACUAUAUCCAUAGAUAUUUGUACAAAUAGCGCCUGAAUCCAUGGAGAAUUGACCAGGCGCCACUGGGGUAAAGUUUUGACCGGCCGCACAUGUGUUCCAUGCCCAAAACCGUUCCAGCACGAUUAGUACUUUGGACGGUUAACUGUCGGGGGGCUCCUGGUUUUCACACAAUCUCCGGCACUUUUCCUCCAAAAAGCACUCUCCUGCUAAGUACCGCUUAACCCUGUUUGGAAGUUCAUGUCGGUGAGAGAGUGUUCAGAUCAUUUCGGGAGAGGGUAGGCACUGAACCAGGGGGAACCGUGAAUAAGUCUCUUGGGGAGGCUUGGUAGGUUAAUGCCCGAACGGUGUUUCUGGCCACGGUCCAUAGUCUCAUAGUCUUUAAGUGACAAUGGAAAACAAGGUGUACCAAAUGAGGAUGCUUUGUCACAAAGUCCUCCUUUGCUUCCAUAGGCCAUUUUGAAAUACCCUUUGAAUUCCUUAGUUUUAACUUUAGUAAAAAACCCUAUUUUGUUCUCAAUGCACGUGCAACUGGUAUGUCAUCUGACCAGGUAUACAAUUGGGAUGAGAGGAUGUGUUUGGAGCAUGUUAAUGAUAGAAUUCACAUCGCUAGUGACAUGCUGCCUUUGGAAAUGGGGUGUCCAUAAUAGUUAUGGACAGCCACGUGAAAGCAGAACAACACUCUGUCACUUAGUUCUAUGUGUAGGUCAAGAGAAAGAACCCUUGAUGUUAGAACUGAAUGCAUAUUAUAACACUACCCUCACCUCUGCCUUGAACACUUCAGCCCCACUCCAAACAUGCACCUCAAGGUGGACACGACCCCAACCUUGGCAUACUAAAUCAGCACGCUAUCUGCAGAGUUGCUCACGUUGUGCUGAACGGUCCUGAAGGAAGUCCCGCACCCAGGCAAACUUACUCCAUUAUAGAUUCAUAUUGCGUUCAUACAGCACAGCCCUUGUCCUCGCCAAGCAGUCAUAAUUUUCCUCUCUGAUUAGUUAAUGCUCCUGCAAUACCAGAUGUCUUUGACACCUUUAAUUCUCUUCUUCGCCCUGCUGUGGCCACCACCCAAACUAACCUUACAGCUGAUAGCUUUGCAUGCUACUUUACCGGCAAGAUUGAACAGCUAAGGAAACAAUUCUCCCCUCCUUGCUGUUCUCUUUCUCAACCACACGUAAAUCAUGCCUUUCCUACCAUUCAGACUUUCUCCUCAGCUACUGAACAAGAGGUGGCUGUGCUUCUCCUUUCCUCUCGCUGCACCACUUGCCCACUCGAUCAAGGAGAGAGAGAUCUCACCUCAUCAGAUCUCUCUCUCCUUGUCUUUUGCCUACCCUAACACACAUCUUCAACUGCUCUCUCUCUCUUCUGGCACUGUUCCUGCUGACCUUAAACAUGCCACUGUAGUACCUAUCCUGAAAAAAAAAUCUCUUGACCCAUUCUCCUCCUCUAACUAUUGUCCCAUAUCCCUGCUCCUUUUUUCAUCAAAACUUCUGGAAAGACUUGUCUUUACCUGUGUGUCUCGCUUCCUCAAUUCCAACUCUCUCCUUGACCCUCUUAUGUCUGGCUUCCGCCCUCUCCACUCUACUGAGACUGCUCUUAUCAAAGGUACUAAUGACCUAAUCACAGCUAAAUCCAAAGGUCACUACUCCAUAUUAAUUCUCCUUGACCUCUCUGCUGCCUUUGACACCAUUGAUCAUGCUCCCCUCCGUCAAACUCUUCAAUCGCUCGGUCUCUGUGACUCUGUCCUCUCGUGGUUUUCCUCUGAUCUCUCUCAACGCUCAUUCAUUCAUUUUUUCAUUCAGUGUCUCCAUUUCCAAGGAUACCUCCUCCCCUCAUCCUGUCUCAGUUGGAGUUCCCCAAGGCUCUGUCCUCUUUAUACUGCCUCUCUUGGCAAACUUAUUGCCUCUUUUGGAUUCCACUACCACCUGUACGCUGAUGACACUCAGAUAUACCUCUCCUCCCCGGACCUCACCCCUUCUGUCCUGCAACGUGUCACUGCUUGCCUUUUUUCCAUCUCUGACUGGAUGUCCUCACGCUUUUUGUAACUCAAUCUCUCUAAAACUGAACUCCUUGUCUUUCCUCCUCCUAAUACUGAUACUCCUCUUUCGCUCUCCCUUCAAGUCAGUGUUAUCCACAUAAGUCCAUCCUUGCAAGCACGCUGUCUUGGCAUCAUACUAGACUCUGGCCUCACCUUUGAGCCUCACAUCCAGUUUGUUGCCAAAUCCUGUAGGUUCCAACUUAAAAACAUUACCCGUAUUCGCCCAUUUCUUACACAAGAUGCUACCAAGGAGCUUGUCCAUGCUCUAGUAAUUUCCCGCAUGGAUUACUGUAACCCUCUCCUGAUUGGUCUCCCCAAAAGCCAUUUUGCCCCGCUACAGUCUUUAAUGAAUGCCGCCGCCAGACUGAUUUUCCUCUCUAGUCGGUCCGCUCACCCCUCUGCCAGUCCUUACAUUGGCUCCCUGUAUCCUAUAGGAGUCAAUUCAAAAUGCUAACCCAUACAUUUAAAGCACUGAACAAUUCUAGCCCUUCUUAUAUCUCUUCACUGAUCCAUAGGUAUGCCCCUCCUCAUUCCCUCCGCUCUGCCCGUGACCACCUCCUGACCGCUGCUCACACCCGUACGGCCAACUCGCGCUUGCAGGACUUCUCGCAGGCGGCUCCUUUCCUAUGAAAUAGUCUGCCUACCCCCAUCAGACUCUCCCCUAGUCUUCAAUCGUUUAAGAAGGGUCUUAAAACCCAUCUCUUUAGGAAAGCUUAUGGCCUCCCAGCGUAACCUCUACCUUACAUACCUGUCUCUUGCUCUCUCCUAUAGGGCAGCGCUCUACUCUCCAGCUCUGCUUCACUCCCACCAUAUUUGAUAUUUCCUGUCCUAACGUGUCUUAUACCCCACCUCCUAUAGACUGUAAGCUCGUUUGAGCAGGGUCGUCUUCAACCUAUUGUUCCCGUAAGUUUUCUUGUAAUUGUCCUAUUUAUAGUUACAUCCCCCCUCUCAUAAUAUUGUAAAGCGCUACGGAAUCGGUUGGCGCUAUAUAAAUGGCAAUAAUAAUAAUCAGAAUUAUAGAGACGGGCCAAUCAAUCAAACGUGUGACAUCAUAUGAAAAGACAAUUGAGCAUACAUGAUCAAUCUUGUGCUCAGAAAUCUGUAUUCCUGGUACUUGCGCAAAUUUGUCUAAUUUCAGAGGCAUUUUUUUUCCUCCCUCUUGCGGCCUCUUUAAAUUUUGUAAUGCAACUAUCUGUUUAAUAAUAAAGCACUUGGCUAUUGUAAACAAUAAAGUGAUUGUGACAUUGUAUUCAAAUAGACUCCAUUUUCAGAGUCAUCUCGCAUAUUUUAUGAAGCAAAGUUGUGCCUGAACAUAAAUAUCAUUUUAUAUAAAUGUUUUGUCAGGUUCCUUUUUAAGGCUUUUUUUUUUUUCUGUGGAAACAUCCAGCACUUUUCUUGACUUUGUAAAGUAAUGUCUUUUUGGCAAAAAAAGAAAAACUUUGACUUGUGUUCACAGCUGAUUCGCAGUUAUUUAUACUUGGCAAAAAGUGGCAAAAUGUAUUUAAAAUAAACGUUUCAAACUUUAUCUAAACACAUCGGAGCAUCAGUCAGACGAACUCUGACCUCAACCCUUCAACGUCUUGGCAUAUUUUCCACAUAUUGGCACAUAUUGCCAAGUAGACAUUUAUUCCCUCUAUGUUCUAAAAGUAGGAUUGAAAACAGAAUUCACUGUGAGAUUAUUAAAAACAACAACCAUAUUUACUAAGAUUUGCAAUGCCAAUUCUGUCUGCCAUAUUUAUAUAAUCCUGACAGCAAGCCUAGUCAAAGUAGAAUUUUCAUACUAAACAGUCUGAUGAGUUGAGAAAAUUGAGAACUAAUUCUCCCUUUCUGUUUUUCAUACCUUACAUGUAAUUUGUAACCUUGGAGCAUGUGUAAUUUAAUUAUGCUAUUCGCUAUUAGAAGAAGUAAUAGGUGGAUUAAAUGGAAAGCAAAGAUAGAACUAUGUAACCUAAUCCCAACAGAUGGGAUAAGAACACAGAGGUCAGUAUGGUGGUACCAGAUCCACCCAAGUGGGCUUGAACCAAAAACAGAUAAAGUGAUUGCACCCCAAUCAAGGGGGUACUCAAUACUGGAUUUUAAAGAAGGGAAAAAUCAAAACUGCAACUAUAAUAACUAGCUUAGAGCUAAAAUUUGUGGGGAGAUAAUCACAAAUAUCCUCAGCUAUAUAUGUAGAAGUGCUCCAAAUAAAAAAUAAAUAUUUUGGAGCACUUCUAGCACUUAUGCGCGCACAGGGUGUUUAAGCACUACUUUCCGUUCUUAGACUUUUUUGGUUUUGUGGGGGAAGUUUGAAGGCAAAGACUUGGAGCAUUCAGAUAUGAGGGAUCAGCUAAGAACACCCACGAAGGUGUUGUUUUAGCAGAAUUAGGGGCUAGUAUUUAGGGCAUCUCUAUAUUUGCCAAUUAUUGUGUGUUUCACAUAGAAAUCUAUCCCUUUUUCUCAUUCCCACCUCUCAUUUAUCUACGAGGCUGCUGCUACUUAGCUGUAUCAAAGGGGAUAAGAAUACUUCUACCAAAACGCUGCUUCAUUUAAUAUGAGUGAUUUGUAACUCAUUUAUGUUUGGAAGCGUGUAUUUUUUUCAUGAUAAUUCUUAGCACACCCUGCUUUACUCUAUAGCACUGUUGCCAUAUGGUUCUUUGCUUCCAAGAUUUUGUGUAUUACCCAGAUCACUAUUAAGUGAACGUUCCCUUAUAGCAAUCCUGUUUAUCUGGAUUUAGCAGCCAUUACUAGGGUUGAUUUAAGCCCCAAUUGAGUACGGCUGCAGUUGUUGAUCACUAAACAAGGAUUUUGUGGUUGUAAUAUACGUAGCAAUUAUAUCUGCUUCCCAACAUAAGUUCCAUUUUGGUCCUUUUUUUUCUUCAUGUUUUUACCUAAUAAAGUACUUUAUUAGAUACUAUGGGCAUAUAAAGCUGAGGAUAUUUGUAAUUAUCUCCCCACAAAUCUUAGCUCUAAGCUAGUUAUUAUAGUUGCAGUUUUGAUUUUUCCCUUCUUUAAAAUCCAGUAUUGAGUCCCCCUUUUAUUGGGAUGUAUUCACUUUUUACCUAUACGUAACGUGUGUGUGUGUGUUUGUGUGUGUUAGUGUUAGCCAUAGAGAGAUAAAUUAAAUAAUUAGUUCUGCACUUGGGGUAUGGGUUAAAUUAUAGGAUUUAUAUGAUCUGUUGCUGAAUUCUCUUUAUCCUUUGUUUUUGUUUUUUUAUUCUCAUUUCAUCCAUCUACUUAAUCUCUCUUAUAAAUGUGUGCGUACAUACAUAUUAACAUGUUCUUGUUCAUUUUGCUUCAACCAGUUAAUUAAAAGUGAGAGUAUAAGCAUUGAUUUUCCAUCCAACCUGCCAAUAUGUCUGUAGUGUACCUUGAGUGGGUUUAUCUUGUCCACAGCUUUUACAACUGGCAGGCAAGCUCCAGUCCACUAGCUCAUAGCUUGACUUCCAUAAUAUUUAGGGCACAAAAGAUUUACUACUGGUACAUGCUCAACAGCUAGAACAGGGUAGGCAAAACUUCAGAACUCCAGAUGCUGUUGGCACUGCGUCUCUCACAAUGCCCUUAAAGUCCUAAUGCUGGCAGAGCAUCAGGGGAGGUGUAGUCCACAUCUUUGGAGUGCAGGAGGUUGCCUUCCUGUGCGCUGGAGAGAGAUGUCUGGCAGUGGAUUAAAGUAGUAAUAUUUUAUUCUAAUAUAUGAUGAAAUAAUUUUUUAUUUUGUGAUUUUACAUAUUGUGUAACAUGUUACCAGAAGUUAUUUCAAGCAAAUCAUUAGCAGUCAUUAUAGUGUUAAAUGAACAAGAUGGUCAACUUCUCAAUGAAGUGGUCUAAAUGCUGUGUCCCUGUCAUUUUAACCCUGCAAUGUAAAACACUGCAGGGUUUUUAGACACUACAAUGUUUACAUUGAAGGGUUAAAGGACCACUCUAGGCACCCAGACCACUUCAGCUUAAUGAAGUGGUCUGGGUGCCAGGUCCCUCUAGGAUUAACCCUUUUUUUAUUAAUAACAUAGCAGUUUCAGAGAAACUGCUAUGUUUAUAAAUGGGUUAAUCCAGCCUCUAAUGGCUGUCUCAUUGACAGCCGCUAGAGGCGUUUGCGUGCUUCUCACUGUGAAAAUCACAGUGAGAAGACGCCAGCGUCCAUAGGGAAGCAUUAUGAAUGCUUUCCUAUGAGACUGGCUGAAUGCGCGCGCAGCUCCUGCCGCGCAUGCACAUUCAGGAGGAGAGGAGGAGGAAAGCUCCCCGUCCGGCGCUGGAAAAAAAAGGUAAGAUUUAACCCUAUCCUCGCCAUCCAGCCCGGCGGGAGGGGGUCCAUAAGGGUGGGGACACCCUCAGGGCACUAUAGUGCCAGGAAAACCAGUGUUUUCCUGGCACUAUAGUGGUCCUUUAAGUCCUGCACUAGUGGAUGUCAGUAUGACACACUAGAGACGCAUCUGCUGCCGUGACCAAAUAACUCAGUCACGUGACACGGAAGCCCAUAGGAAAGCAUUGAAUACAAUGCUUUGAGGAGGCUUGAAUGUGUAUGCAGUGCAUACCAUGCAUGCACAUUAGAUAUCCAAUACUCCUCUGGGGAGCAUUGGAUUGGACCAUUAUGGAGUAGGCCAUGCCUCCUCUGUGACGUAGUUGGAGGCAGAAUAAAGGCAGACAAUGUCAUAGAGCAGCAGGAAAUGCUAGCAAAAUGCUUGGUUGUAUAGGGAGAGGUAUUAGCAGUAGAAAGAGGGAAUUGCUCAUGCCAUUGUACAGAACACUGGUGAUACCUCACUUGGAGUAUUGUACACAGUACUGGAGACCGUAUCUUCAGAAGGCUAUUGAUACUUUAGAGAGAGUUCAGAGAAGGGUUACUAAACUGGUUUAUGGAUUGCAGGAUAAAACUUACCAGGAAAGGUUAAAGGAUCUUAACAUGUAUAGCUUGGAGGAAAGACGAGACAGGGGGAAUAUGAUAGAAACAUUUAAAUACAUAAAGGGAAUCAACACAGUAAAGGAGGAGACUAUAUUUAAAAGAAGAAAAACUACCACAACAAGAGGACAUAGUCUUAAAUUAGAGGGACAAAGGUUUAAAAAUAUCAGGAAGGAUUACUUUACUGAGAGAGUAGUGGAUGCAUGGAAUAGCCUUCCAGCUGAAGUGGUAAAGGAGUUUAAGCAUGCGUGGGAUAGGCAUAAGGCUAUCCUAACUAGAAGAUAAGGCUAGGGAUUAAUGAAAUUAUUUAGAAAAUUGGGCAGACUAGAUGGGCCGAAUAGUUCUUAUCUACCGUCACAUUCUAUGUAAGUAAACACGCACUCACACUUUUAUGGUAAACUGGGGAAACACACCUGUGUAGAGCUAGUGACAGGGGCAUUAUAGCAUUAGGAAUAUAGGUUUGUAUUCCUAAAGCUAUAGUGUUUCUUUAGUUUGAUCCCAGUUUUUGUUGUGUUUUUUAUUUUAUUUAUUUAUUCUUUAUUUUUGUUGUGCGAUUUGAUUACAGGCAGGUGUGAUUUGCCACAAUAGCAAUAUCUGGCGUUUCGCAAGAGACAAUAGUGGCAUAUUGCAGUACUGCAUUUUAUUUUUUUUUUAUUUUUUAAGAGUAAUUAUGUUAAGGCAUAAGCAAAACAGGCUACAUAAGGUAGGUAUAACAUUGCUUAAUCAAUUAGCGUUACUUGAGAGUAUUAAUCAUGAUUAAACAGAUGAACUGGAUUAAGUUCCCCUGGGAUUGCAUUCAGAGUCUUUGAGACAUGUAGAGCUUGUGAUAAUGUAGGAAAUAAACAUAAGACUAGUGGACAACAGGUUAGCGUAAGCAAUAUAAGACCUCAUAUAAUAUAAAAUGGUGGCUUCUCCGGCCUCGUGGCUCUCUCUCUUAUCGUGGACAGACCACCUGAUUCCAUCAGAGUAAACCUCAUCCAAUUCCCAUAGUCUGAUGGCCUAAUGAGCAGGCAGAGAUUCUAAUAGGGGGGUGGCUGGGACUACAUAGAGAGAGGGUAUCCAGAACUGGGCCUGUGUGGUGGCCAGUGCCUCCAUUUUGCGGACUUGGUGGCUCAAUAUGGGAUAUAGUGAUGGGUCCCCAUCUGAUGAACAGCAGGCAGUCGCUGGUUUGGUGGUGUUGAGCCCUGGUUGGCUUUUGGCUCGAGAACGGGAGCUUGCUUUCCUUAAGUGUCCGGAGAGGACCCGCUCACUCUACGUGGAUCAGCUUGUUGAACAGCAGUCUGUUGGGAAGCUGAAGCUGCUGCUCGUGCUUCCAAUUUAGCCCAGAAGCUGGUAAAUAUUGCUUUCAGUUUCUCCAGGGAACGUUCAACAGAAAUGCUGAGACCAAUGCUGGUUGGUAGGAGAGCCAGCUCUGCUGGAGAAUGUUUGUCUGCCUGCCAUUUUCAAGGUUCUUGUUGCGUGCAGGUAAGUAAUCCUCACUGACCACAGGGUUUGACUUGAACAGUCCAGUGGGGACUGGGAUGAGGGGGGGGGGGAGAGGGGACUGAGGCAAUUAUUUUCAGUAUCCAGGAGAGCGGGGAAGUUGGCCGCCUUUCCCUCAACCGGGUCAUUUGCAGGCUGCAAUUUGUCUCUGUGGGCUCCCUGCGUCUCAGGGGCUUGAAUGUUGAGUCAGUGUGAUCAGCAACUUGUCCCCAGGUAGGGUUACGAGUGUGGGUACGAGGAUUCAGGCUGGAAACGGGGGUAUUACCGCGAAAAUUGUCGGCUUGUGCAGGAGCUCGCAUGGCAUGCGACUGCUCAGUUAAAUGUUCAAGUUCCGUCCCCCUGGAUACCAUUUUUUAAAGUGUUCUGUACUCUUUUUUUUUUUUUUUCUUUCUAUCUCAUAGUAGAAACCUUCUCCUAAUUUUCUCUCUCUCUAUCUCUCUAUAAUUUUUUUUUUAAAUUCUUUAUUUUAUUGUGCUUUAGUAUACAAAUGUCUCCUGCAGAGCCACAACAGCAUCACAUGAGUAAUGGUUGACAUUAUACAUGCAUACAUUGGUUAGAUUUUGAAGUCCGUGGUUAUGUUUCAUUAUGUGGCAUUCAGUCUCUUCACACAUUUUUAUAAUAUAGAGCUUAACUUUGUAGUAACAGUGAGUUUCAACAAGGAGGGAAAAUAGAUUAAUAUGUUACGGUAGUCAUAUGGUGAUGGAUAGGGGAAAGCGACCUGCUGCUACCGAUGGAGUAGUUCUGUCCAUCGUACAGGCGAGAUAUGGCUGAGUGUAUGCUCUAUUAGGGUGGUGUCGUGUAGAGGGGAGCUCACACCCAAAUGCCGCUAUGGUGAGUCUGUAAUAUGCGUCUUGGUGUUGUCCGUGCGCUCUAUAUAUUAUUGUGGUUUUUUUUAUUUAUUUUUUUAUUUUUAUGUUUCAGUAUUUAUUCAAGUGUAUGGAAAAGAAAAUGCUAAUUCUCUGCUGCAGUUUGAAAAAAUUACCUUUCUAAAGUAUAUCCAUCUAGGAGCUAGAGUCUCUCGGAACAGCUGGCUGGGCCUACAGCUUGAAGCAUAAUCCUCAUACUGACAUCAGAAUACAAAUGAGUUGAUAUAUUUUGAUGCCAAAUUCCUUCUGUAUACGUUAAAGAUUAACUCUUCAUGGCUUUAUUUUUUUUAAUAUUUUUUUUUAAAGGUUGUCUGAUUGCAAAUGGAUUAAGUGUUCCCCCAUUUAUUUGCGCUAGAGUAAAAUCCAGUUUUCCAUAAACAAAUCUGUGUUGAAAUUUUUAAAAAGCCUUGUUUGUUUAAACUAUGGAAAAUGUAUCUAUUCUUUUAUCAUUAAGCAGCCAGCCUGCCUGUGCCAGAACAUACUUUUUCAACUCCGCUUGAAGCCCACACAGAUUUUGACCCCCCAUGAUUCAUGCUUCCAAUGUAUACUUGUCCUAAUGUCCUUUGUCAUCCACAGCUGGAGGCUACCCUGGAUCUUGCAGAGCGGCGAGAAAUCCGAACGGCUAUCAGAGAGCUGCGGCGGAAAGAGCUGGAAAGAUGCGAGGAGGCACUGGCUUCUAAGCGCUUCCGAUCAGAGAGGUCUAAUGAGCAGGAGGACAAGGAGAAUCAGCCUGGGUUAGUGCUAUUACAGUAA